AUGGCGUCGAAAGCUGAUUACGAUAACGGGGAGAAAUCUCAAACCCCAAUUGCCAUCUGCGGCGUUGGUAUUCGGCUCCCUGGAGGCAUUCAUAAUGCUAGUCAAUUGUGGGGGUCCAUCACCAACAAUCGUGACUCUCAGAGUCCACCGCGACUGGGUGGCAUUGAUCAAAAAGAUGCGGAUAUUGUUGAUGCCUCGCUUUUCUCCAUGACCGACGAAGAGGCCAAGGGCUGUGAUCCACAGCAAUUGAAGCUUCUGGAAGUUAUUCGCGAGUGCCUUGAGGAUGCGUGCGAGAUCAAUUACCGGAGCGAAGAUGCUUGUGUUGGCUGCUACAUUGGCGUGUCUGGAGAGGACGAUGUAUCAAUGGUAUUGUCGAAAAAUGGAAUGAAGGGGGCAAGCUUUGUGGUUAAGUCGUCACUGUCAUCAUCUCUUGUGGCUUUACACAAGGCUUACUGCGCUGUGCAGUCUGGCGAUGCUAGAUCUGCAGUAGUCGCAGGCUCCAACGUGAUGCUGGGCUCCGAAAAUGAAGCAGAAAUGGACGAGGCAGUGUCAGCUGUAUAUAUCAAGACGUUGCCUGAUGCCAUCCGUGAUGGUAACCCAAUUCGUGCUGUCAUUCGAGAGUCCAGUGUAGGGAACGUUACGCGUGGCCAAGAUUCUGGAUCCGAUGCGCCUGACGAGGGUGCAUCUAGUCUUGCAAGCUUGAUCAAGAGAGUGGUAAUUCUGGAGGAGAACCAGAGCAUUCCUCCAAAUGUUUCUUCUGAGAGAAUCAGCAUCAAUGCUUCUGACGCUGAGGGAUACAGCGCUCAAUUUUUUAUUAACUCCUAUGUUCAACCUACUUCACCUAUAUCUGAAACUCGACCUGAACUUGUUCUUUUUUCGGCACAUAGCGCACCGUCUUUGACCAAACAAAUCGAGGAGCACCGUUUGUAUGCUCAGGCUCACCCGAAUGCUGCAGCGGACAUUGCUUACACUCGUGCCCUGCGGCGCGAGGCUCUGGAAUACAAAGCCUUCACCAUUCUCUCGAAUUCAUCCUUCACCAAUACCUCAACCUAUGUCAAGUCUUCUACCCAAACUCCCGCCAUAACCAUGAUUUUCAACGGUCAGGGUGCCCAAUGGGCGGGGAUGGGCAAGGAUCUCAUCCAGGCUGACCCAGAAGUCAGAGACGAUAUUGAGAAGAUGGAUGCUGUUUUGAAGGGAUUGAAGGUACCAUCUACCUGGUCGAUUAAAGAUGAGCUCCUUCGUGAUGCUGCCGAUCCAGAGAACCGGAUCAACUCAUCGCAACUCUCAUACCCUCUGAGCGCGGCACUACAAAUCGCCAUAGUUAACCGCUUUGAACGUCUUGGUGUUACGCCCAAGGUAGUCGUUGGUCACUCUAGUGGUGAAAUCGCUGCGGCUUAUGCUGCGGGCUUCCUUUCUUUGGAAGCUGCUAUCACCAUUGCUUACUACUAUGGCUAUGUCACCACCAAGAACCAGAAGGAUGGUGGCAUGGGUGUGGUCAGCUUGGGCGUGGAAGAAAUCAAGGAGUUUCUGGAACAGAGUGUGGUGAUUGCUUGCGAAAACUCUCCUUCAAGUACCACUAUUUCUGGCGACCGUGAAGCAGUUGAGCGCGUGUUGAAGUCUGUCAAAGCAGCUAAGCCUGAUGUAACUGCUCGUGCUUUGCGCAUUGAUGCUGCCUACCACUCUCCUCAUAUGGAUUUGCUUGCAGAAGAUCUGCUUGGCCUUUUGAAAGCUGAAAACAUCGCUUCAUUAGAGGCUAAGAGGAACAAGGCUGUCUUUGUGUCUAGUGUCAGUGAGAAGGUCCUUGAAGAGCAGAGUGAUUUCGGUGCCGCGUACUGGAUCUCCAACUUGGUGUCCCAAGUUCGAUUCAGCACUGCCAUCUCUACCGUCCUCAAUCUAUGUGCUGAGGAACCUCUCUUUUUAGAAAUUGGCCCGCACUCUGCCCUAUCUGUUCCUCUGUCACAGAUUUGUGCGGCUACAGAUGUCCCAUUCAACUAUGUUUCGUCCCAAACACGCGGCGCAGACGGUGCAGUAAGCUUCCUUUCUGCUGUUGGACGGCUAUGGCAAGAAUCAGCUAUUCUCGAGUUGGCUCCAUUAUUCCCCCAUGGUAAGGCAAUUUCCGGAUUGCCUCCGUAUCCUUGGAGCCAUGGCAGUCCUGAUGAGGGCUCUGAUGGCGCUAAUUUAUCUGCUCGUGAGAAACGGUCGCGCGUUAUUGCAGACUCUAGUUAUUUGGAGACUGAGCUUGCGGAUGACGAGAUUCCUACGACUGAGCCGGAAAUCGUCCUUCGAGCCAUCUGGGUUGAUAUCCUCCAAAACGUCGUCAAAGUACGAAUACAAGAUAUCGGCAAGAAACAUAGCUUUUUCCUGCUUGGUGGCGACUCCUUGACAACUAUUGAGCUUGUUACCACCGCUUACCAACAUGGUAUUCUUCUGAGCCCGGCUGAUAUUUCUGAUAAUGCCGAACUUGCUCAAAUGGCAGCUGUGGCAACCAUCGAGGAGGAUGGCGCAAUGAUGACUGAAGUAGAGCCUUUGAGCUUGAUUACUGAAGAGAAUGUUGAUGAUAUCAAAGAUCAGAUUCGCAAAGAGUGCAAGCUUACUACAAUUGAGAUAAUCGAGGAUGUCUAUCCGUGUACAACUCUCCAAGAAGGCUUCAUGGCUUUAGGUAUGAAGCACCCAGGUUCUUAUAUUCACAGAGUUGUCUAUAAGCUCAUGCCUGAUAUCGACGUCGAUCGAUUUAUGGCUUCUUGGGAGGGCACCAUUAAGCAAUGUGGUAGCUUGCGUUCACGAGUAGUUGUUCUUGGUGGUCGAGCCCUCCAAGCUGUGAUGACUGAGGAUACUGCUUGGGAAUAUCUCCCAUCUGGUUUGGAUAUCCACACUUUCCUCAACCAAACGCGAGAUAUUAGUAUGAGCUAUGGUGAGCGUUUGAGUCGGCAUGCUCUGGUUCGAGAUAGCAAUGGUAGCGUCUAUUUCGUGUGGCUGAUUCACCACGCGGUAUUUGAUGGUCUUACUAUGCGAAUCGUUCUUGAUGCUCUCUAUCACGCUUACCAUGGCAAUGAGACUAAGGCUCUGCGGCCGUAUUCCAGCUUCAUUCGUUAUGUUGAAUCGCUUGAUUCUACUGCCUCUGGCGAAUACUGGCAAAAGGAGCUUGAUGGUGCUCAGCGAGCUCAUUUCCCUCUUGCCAGACUUUCUGCUACUUCCGAAGACAAGGUCACGAAGAAGACUAUACCUUUCCGCAACACGAUGAACUCUUCUAUAACCACCGCGACAAUUCUUCGUGCAGCAUGGGCUAUUCUCCUCGCCCGCUACUGCGACUCUGAUGAUGUGUGUUUUGGUACUACAUUGUCAGGCCGUCAGGCAGCGGUUCCUGGAUUGAAUGAGAUCCCUGGACCCAUGAUUGCCACUGUUCCGAUUCGCAUCAAAAUUGACCGCGAUAUGAGUAUAGCCUCUUUUCUUAAGAAAGUUCAGGCUCAGGCUGCAGAAAUGGUUGCUCACGAACAGUAUGGUCUUCAGAACAUCUCAAAACUAGGCCAGGAUGCUCAGGAAGCUUGCGACUUCUCCAACCUGAUCGUCAUUCAGCCAAAUAAUCACCUUACAUCCGUCGCUGAUACUGCCUCUGAUGCCAUUCUGCAACAGGGACCUGUUGAGAAAGCUCUCUCAGAAGAGGCUAUGCGUAAUUACUUUAACUAUCCCCUCGUUUUGCAGCCUCGUAUUGGCGAGGAUAGCAUUGAGCUAGAUUGGACCUAUUACGCCGAUGCAAUCACUGAGGCUCAGCUUGAGGCCUUAUGCUUCCACUAUGAGCACAUUAUCCAGCAAUUGCUGGCAGCCACUGAGAUGCCCCUAAGUGCUCUAUCGGUCUCUGGUUCGUGGGAUUUAGAACAAUCUCUCAAAGCUAACAUGGAGACACCUGAGAUUGUCGACUUGUGUCUUCAUCAACUCAUUGAGAGACAAGCAAAAGAUCGCCCAAACACCACUGCCAUUAGCGCCUGGGACUUGGAGCUGACAUACUUGCAACUUGACUGUGCUGCUAACCGGCUCGCCCACUAUCUUGUCAAGUCUUGUGGGGUCAAGGAUCAGGAUCUCGUGCACGUCUGCUUUGAGAAAUCAGCCUGGUUUUUCGUGUCCAUUAUUGCUGUAAAUAAAGCAGGGGCUACAUGGGUUCCUCUUGAUCCCUCGCACCCGCUUCAGAGGCAGCAACAGGUUGUCUCGCAGACGAAGGCGACUCUGGCCUUGGCUUCUACCAGCAACGUGGAUAUGUGCUCUAAGUUAGUUGCUAAUGUCGUUGAGGUGUCACAUGCCUUGGAUGAGAGGCUGGCUAAGACGGAGGCGAGCUCGUAUGGACCGAUCAGUAAUGUGUCUCCGGGCAAUGCAGCUUAUGUUCUGUUUACUUCCGGAAGUACUGGAACGCCAAAAGGUCUGGUCAUGCAACAUAGAGCUGUCUGCACUUCGCAGACUGCCAUCGCUAAGCGUCUUGGGAUGACAUAUAACGUCAGAAUGCUUCAGUUUGCUUCUUUCGUUUUUGAUCUCUCUAUUGGUGAGAUCGUGGGUCCCUGGGUUGCUGGUGGUUGCCUAUGUGUUCCAUCUGAGGAAACAAGGAUGAAUACGGGUAGCUUGGUUGACUUUAUUAACACGAUGAAAAUCACCUGGGCAUAUCUCACCCCCUCCUUUACACGGACCUUGAAACCCGAUGACAUUCCUGAUUUGGAACUGCUCUUGUUUGCUGGUGAGGCUGUUGGACGAGACGUGUUUGAAGCUUGGUUUGGAAAGGUGCGGCUAAUCAAUGGUUGGGGUCCUGCUGAGACUUGUGUGUUCUCAACCCUCCAUGAGUGGAAGAGUAUCGACGAAUCUCCAUUAACAGUUGGUCGACCAGUUGGUGGUCACUGCUGGAUUGUUGAUCCGCAAGACCCGCAGCGAUUGGCUCCUGUCGGAACUCUUGGUGAAGUUGUUAUUCAGGGACCGACUAUCCUUCGAGAGUAUCUGGCUGAUUCUACUAAAACCGAGGCCGCAAUAGUCUGGAACCUCCCUGAGUGGGUACCAACUCGCACUACCAAUCACUGGGAUCGAUUUUACAAGUCUGGCGAUCUGUGUCGAUAUAACGCGGAUGGUACUAUCGAAUUUGGAUCUCGCAAGGAUAAUCAGGUGAAAAUUCGAGGCCUCCGUGUUGAGCUUGGGGAGAUCGAGCAUUACUUCCGUGAGUCCUUGGAGGGCGUUAAGCAGGUGGCUGUUGAUGUGGUAAAUGGAGAUGGUGGCGCGAUUAUUGUGUCCUAUUUCUGUUUCACAGAUGAAACUCGCACUGCUGGCAAGAACUCCGAGACGAACGUGAAGGACGUAUUGGCCCCCAUGACAUCUGAGCUUCAAAGCCAACUCACUGCCUUAGUUGGUCAGCUCAGUGUGACGCUUCCUCGGUACAUGAUCCCGACACUAUUUAUCCCUUGCCAGUAUAUGCCUUUUAUCACCUCCACAAAGUUGGAUAUGAAGCUUUUGCGACUUGCGUUUUCCAAGCUUAGCAAGGAAGACGUUGCAAGAUACUCUCUUGUGGAUAGUAAGAAGCGCAAGCCGGAAACCAACAUGGAGACUCGUAUCCAAGCGAUCUGGGCCGACCUGCUCAAACUAUCGAUCGACUCUAUUGGUCGAGACGAUAACUUUUUGAGAAUGGGUGGUGAUUCUAUUGCUGCUAUUUACUUUGUUUCAGCUGCCCGAGAUGCUGGAAUUUCCAUUGCUGUCAAGGACGUCUUUGAUGACCCUCGUCUCUUCCAGGUAGCUUCUAAAGCUACUAUUCGUGGCAGCACGGGUCAAUCCGUUCACGUCAACCCUUUUAGCCUCCUCCCAGACAAUCUUAGCAAACUUAUGCAGAGUGAUGCUAUUCGAACCAAGUAUCGCCUUGGGAAAGACCAAAUUGUUGAGGAUGCUUAUCCUUGCACGCCACUUCAAGAAGGUCUUAUGGCUCUCACUGCAAAACAACCGGGCUCUUACAUAUCGCAGUGGUACCACCGAGUCCCCAAGCACAUCGAUAUUGCUAAAUUCAAGGCUGCUUGGAAAACAGCUGUGGAGCACAACGCCACACUAAGAACCAGAAUUAUGCUUGAAGACGGCUGCGCAGUUCAGGCUGUCAUCACAAAGGAUGACGACUGGGAGAAUACCAGUGGUCAUAACCUUGAGUCCUACAAACGCUUGAUUCCUCAAUUUGAUAUAGGAUAUGGAACUCGCUUAACCCGAUUUGCUAUUGUAGAGGACAAGCAUGACAUCUACUUUGUCUGGGUCAUUCACCAUGCUAUCAAUGACGGCUGGAGCAUGCGCAUCGUCUUGGACAGCAUUUACAACACCUACUACGGCCGAGAGGUUUCCCCUAUAUCCCCUUAUUCUAACUUCAUCGACUAUGUUAGCAAGAUGGAUAGCGAGGCGGCCGUCAGCUUCUGGCGAUCCAACCUUUCUGGUGCUCAACGACCUAGCUACCCUGCCGCUGGAAAACGCCUUGCUGCCGAUAAGACUGGUGGCGCGGUUCGUGUUGUUGACCGUCUGGUAUCCUUUUCUAAUCAAAAAGAUGCUUCAAUUACUAUGGCUACUAUUAUUCGAGCUGCCUGGGCAAUCGUACUCGGUCGUCAUUCCGAUGCUCGUGAUGUAUGCUAUGGCGCCACUGUUUCUGGUCGUCAGGCUGCAAUGGAUGGUCUUCUCUCAACUCCUGGUGCCGUCAUUGCCACCAUACCAAUUCGAGUUCGCCUGGAGGCUGCAAAGCCUGUGAGUCAAAUGCUACAAGAUCUUCAAGUCCACGCGCUGGAUAUGGUUCCAUAUGAACAGUAUGGUCUGCACAAUAUCUCCAAGCUUAGCCCUGAAGCUCGAGAGGCUUGUGACUUCACAUCUCUACUAGUUAUUCAGCCUAAAGAGCAAGAAAGUACCAUAUUUAAUAGCAAGGAUGGUCUGCUGCAGGCAGAGGCCGAAGAAGACCAUCUGAUGAUUGAGUCCAUGAACAACUACUUCAACUACCCGUUGGUUAUGCUCAGUUACAUGGCUGAGGAAAAUGUGAACCAGAGAUUUUUGUAUAACCCAGAAAUCUUGUCUGAAGCUGAAGUUGAAGCUGUGUCUUAUCAAUUCGAACAUGUGGUACAGCAGCUUUUGAACCCUGGCAAGAAACUCAUCGGUGAUAUCUCUGUUGCCGGUCCUUGGGAUCUUGAGCAGAGCCUACAAGCAAAUAACGACAUUCCUGAGAUUAUUGAUGCUUGCUUUCAAGAAUUAGUCGACAAACAGGCUAUUGAACGGCCGAAUUCCCUUGCUGUUGUAGGCUGGGACCGAACCUUUACCUAUAUUGAACUUGUUGAAGCGGUCAACAAAUUGUCGAACUACCUCGCCACGAAUUUUACUUUUAAAGCUGAUGAGUUAAUACCUGUUUGUUUUGAGAAAUCGUCCUGGUAUAUCGUCUCGAUCCUCGCAAUCAACAAAAUUGGGGCCGGUUGGGUUCCUCUCGACCCAUCUCAUCCCGAGCAACGUUUACGCCAGAUUGUUGGUCAGACUCGAGCAAAAAUAAUACUGUGCUCUCCAUCCAACGCCCAUAUUUGCACCUCAUUUGGCCUGUCUGUCAUUGAGAUUAGCCCUUUCUUCUACCAGAAGCUUACUGAGAGCGGUGUGACAGGCACCACGGGGCCUGCCAUCAAAGUGACACCUCGAAAUAUUUGCUACGUCCUAUUUACCUCGGGAUCUACAGGUACCCCUAAGGGAUUUGUGAUGGAGCAUGGUGCAGUAUGCACAUCGCAGUCUGCUAUAAGUCGAAGACUUGGAAUGACUGCCGAUGUUCGCAUGCUACAAUUUGCAGCCUUUGUUUUUGACCUUUCGGUGGGUGAAAUCGUGGCGACAUUGAUCUCGGGCGGCUCCGUAUACAUUCCGGACGAAAACACACGAUUAAAUGAUAUAUCAAAUUUCAUCCAGAAGCACAAAAUAAACUCGACAAUCCUUACACCAUCGUUCGCUCGUACUCUAAAGCCAGAAGACGUUCCCUCCUUAGAGCUCAUGGUUUUGGCAGGCGAGGCUGUCGGUAGGGAUGUCUGUGACAGCUGGUACGGAAAGCUUAGAUUCAUUUGCGGCUGGGGUCCUGCAGAGACCUGCGUUUUAUCGUCACUUCAUGAGUGGCAGUCUAUUGACGAGAGUCCCCGUACUAUUGGCCGGCCUGUUGGCUGCUUUUGCUGGGUUGUAGACCCAGAAAAUCCGAAGAGAUUAGCUCCUACGGGUACCGUCGGUGAGAUAUUUAUCCAAGGACCAACUCUGUUGCGGGAAUACCUUGCAGACCCUGAGAAGACCAGAUCGUCGAUGGUAUAUGAUCUACCAGCUUGGGUUCCACGUCGCGAGUCCCAGUACUGGAGCAGGUUUUACAAAUCUGGCGAUUUAGGUUAUUACAAUCCAGACGGUACACUCGAAUUUUCAACUCGCAAAGAUACACAGAUUAAGAUUCGCGGCCUCCGUGUUGAAUUAGGCGAAAUUGAAUACUAUCUGCAGCAAGCUAUUGAUGAAAUUCGUCAAGUCGCAGUCGACGUACUUAGCGGUGACAAUGGGUCUAAUCUGGUUGCUUACUUCUGCUUUAAUGAAGACACCAAGACAGCUGAUGCUCGUUUUCAAGCUGAUGACAAGGGCCCGUUCAUGUCGAUUGAUGAAGACCUUCAGACUCGCCUCAUUGCCGCAUCUGGUGAACUAAAAGUUGUUCUCCCGUCUUACAUGGUCCCAGCCUUUUUCAUUCCCUGCAGUUACAUGCCAUCCAGCACCUCCGCCAAGCUUGAUCGCAAGACGCUGAAGAGAUAUGCCGAUCUAUUAUCCGUCGAUGAAUUAUCGGAAUACUCCCUUAGUAGUGGCAAAAAGAGGACACCCGAUACUCCGAUGGAAAGUCAGUUGCAACAAAUUUGGGCUGAAAUCCUCAAUAUUCCUAUGGAAUCAAUUGGACGCGAUGAUAGCUUCCUUAGUCUCGGCGGUGAUUCUGUUACUGCUAUUCACUUAGUCAAUGCUAUGCGACAAGAGGGUAUACUGUUGACUGUGAAGGACAUCUUUGAUGACCCCCGCUUGCUGUCUGUAGCUAGCAAGGUUACAGAGAUGAAUGAAAAGGCCGAGAUUCAGGAGGAUAUUGGGCAAUUCAGUCUUUUAGAUGAAGAUAUUCAAGGCCUUGUUAUCUCCGAUGACCUUCGGAAAGAACUCAAACUUUCUGAAACGCAAGAAAUCGAAGACGCUUACCCUUGCAGUAAACUUCAAGAAGGUCUCAUGGCUUUAUCUGUGAAACAGCCUGGAUCAUACGUCGCCAAGUACACUUAUCGUCUUCCAGACCAUGUCGAUCUCCAGGAGUUCAAACAAGCGUGGGAAUUCACUUCAUCUGCUAUCGAAGCUCUCCGCACUCGUUUUGUGAUGAUUAACGGCUCUUGCGUCCAAGUUGUGAUCAACGAAGAGCUUCCCUGGGAGACUGCCAAGGUUGAUGACAUUGGCACGGCUAUCGUAUCCGCUCAGUCGUUCCGAAUGACCUAUGGUACGCCUCUGUCUCGUUACAUGAUGUUUGAAGACCAAAAUGGAAGCAAUUAUUUCAUGUGGGCUAUACAUCAUUCGGUUCACGACGGUUGGUCACUGAGGAUUAUUCUGGAGACCUUACGAAGAGAGUAUGAGGGUAGAAGUUCGCCGGCUAUCGUGCCGUAUAACGGCUUCAUCAAUUAUACCCUUAACCUGGACGCUGACGCGGCCGCCGAUUACUGGCAAGGCCAGCUUGAGAACGCAAAACGGGCCAGUUUCCCAGCUGCUGGUGUUACUUCUGGCGAGUCGAAACAUAAAACACGCAUGAUGACAAAGUCCAUUCCCUUUCCCACCUCUACAAAUCCGGCCAUCACCAAGGCGACGGUUUUCCGGGCGGCUUGGGCAUUAAUUCUUGCUCGCUAUUGUGAUACCGACGACGUGACCUUCGGUUCUACUAUAUCUGGGAGACAGGCUGCGGUUCCCGGCCUGACCGAAAUGGCUGGUCCAGCUGUUGCUACCGUUCCCGUCCGUGUCCGUCUCAAUUACGAACAGCGUGUGUCUAAAUUCCUUCAGGAUGUUCAAAGCCAAGCUUCUGAGAUGAUUCCUUUCGAACAGUAUGGCUUGCAGAAUAUCUCAAAAUUGGGAACUGGUGCUAAAGAUGCUUGCGAUUUCACCUCCUUGAUGCUAGUUCAGCCAAUGCAGCAUCUGAUUGGGGAGGAUAUCGACACCAUUUUAGAGCCUGUUUUGGAGCAAGAUGACCAAGAAGAUCAGGUGCAGAACUACUUCUCGUAUCCUCUUGUCUUACAGGGGCAUGUUUAUGACGAUAAGGUUAAGCUUGUCUUGAUCUACGAUUCAUUCGUGCUUCCUGAAUCACAGCUCCUAGCAUUGUCUCAUCAAUUUAACGGUGUUGUGCAGCAGCUUUUGAGCGCUGAGGAUUUCAAGCUGGGUGAUAUAUCUGUGGCUAGCUCUUGGGACCUUGAUCUCGCUGAGGCUUCCAACGGCCAUGGUCCUGAAAUCGUUGAUGACUGUGCUCAUCUCAUGAUCGAGCGACAGACUGAACUGACUCCUCAAGCCCACGCUGUUCACGCAUGGGAUGGUACUCUCACUUAUAGUGAGCUUGACCGUGCUGCUAAUAGGCUUGCCAAUCUAUUAGUCGAUAGUCACGGCGUCAAAGUCGGUGAUAUCAUCCACGUGUGUUUCGAGAAGUCUCUUUGGUACGUGGUUUCAGUGCUCGCAAUCAAUAAAGCCGGUGCCGCGUGGGUACCAAUGGAUCCGGCACAUCCAUUUCAUCGCCUCCAACAAGUCGCUAGCCAAACUGGUGCCAAGAUCGCACUCACGUCUUCUAUUCACAGACCUCUAUGCUCCAAGCUGCUAGACACCGUUAUUGAAGUGUCUUCGAACUUGGAUGAACAACUGAACAACGAUACAGAUAUCAAAGAUGUUAAGCCUUCUGUUGCAGUUGCAUCUAAUGAUGUCGCCUAUUUGCUCUUUACAUCUGGCAGUACCGGCGUACCUAAAGGUAUUAUUAUGGAACACGGUUCCCUCUGUACUAGCCAGCGUGACAUUGCAAAGAGGCUCGGUCUUAAAAGGAGUGUCAGGAUGCUUCAAUUCUCGUCCUUCGUUUUUGACGUUUCUGUGGGAGAAAUUAUGCUCUCUCUUAUGCACGGUGGAUGUGUUUGCAUUCCAUCCGACCAUGAUCGUCUAAAUAACCUAGCCAAGUUCAUAAGGGAUACCGAAGUUUCUUGGGCAUUCUUAACACCAUCCUUUGCUCGUACACUCCACCCUACGGACGUACCAAGUCUUGAACUCAUUGUCCUUGCUGGAGAGCCCGUUAGUCAGGAUGUAUUCGACCUCUGGUUUGGUAAAACUAGGCUUGUCAACGGCUGGGGCCCAGCUGAAACAUGUGUCUUAAGCGCUAUUCACGAAUGGAAAUCUGCUGAUGAAUCACCGCUGACAAUUGGGCGCUCUGUUGGUAGCUUUGCCUGGAUUGUGGACGCAGAGAAUCCUCGACGCCUAGCUCCGGUUGGAUGUAUCGGAGAAAUUGUCAUGCAAGGACCUACGCUUCUUCGUGAAUACCUGGCUGAUCCAGCUAAGACUCUUUCAUCAACGCUGACUUCGUUACCUAACUGGGCACCUCGCUCAAAUGAUAGGAACUGGAGUCGUUUCUAUAAAACCGGGGACUUGGGCAUCUAUAACCCUGAUGGAACCAUCCAUUAUUCUGGUCGCAAGGACACCCAAGUCAAGAUUCGCGGCCUCCGAGUCGAACUUGGGGAAAUUGAGCAUCAUAUUCGAAACUCGCUUGAAGUAAUUCAACAGAUUGCUGUUGACGUGCUCCGGACAGAGGCUGGUGCCAAUCUUGUUUCUUACAUCUGCUUUAGCAAUGAGACGAAAACACCCGGACCAGACACCGACCCUGAAGGGACUGAUAUAUUCCUUCCCAUGACCGAAAGCAUCCAAAACGAAUUGAACAUCGUCCUUAACAAACUAAAUGUUUUGCUUCCCCGCUAUAUGAUACCAACCUACUUUAUUCCUUGUGGCUACAUGCCUCUUAUCUCAUCUGGGAAAUUAGACAGACUGAUGCUCCGCAAGAGUACGGCUGCGCUGACUCAAGAAGAAUUAGAAGCUUAUUCGUUGACUGAUGCCAACAAGCGCGCUCCUGACACAGCCAUGGAAAUCCGCUUGCAACAUUUGUGGGCUGAGAUUCUUAACAUUCCUGCUCAAACUAUUGGCAAAGAUGAUAGCUUUCUUCGUAUUGGUGGUGACUCGAUUGCCGCUAUCCGCCUGGUCUCUAUGGCUCGUGAGCUUGGCAUUACUCUCACUGUGGAUGCCAUAUUUGAAGACCCCCGAUUGUCUUCUAUAGCCUCUACAGCUAGCGCGGCCGACCAGCAUGAAGAUAUUUUGCAUCCUAUCUCUGCUUUCUCCCUCCUUGACGACGGUAUUCGGGACUUGGUCCAAUCUCCCAGCGUCUAUGAAAACCAUGGUCUCAAUACAACCAAGAUAAUUGAGGAUGCGUAUCCUACGACAAAGCUGCAAGAAGGGUUCAUGGCUUUAUCUGCUAAGCAGCCUGGCUCGUAUAUCGCAAAAUUCCUGUAUCGCCUCCCCAGUCAUGUUGACGUCUCCCGUUUCAAAGAGGCUUGGAGGCGCACGGUGGAUGCCUGCACCAAUCUUCGUACCCGAAUAAUCCUUACUGGGGACACCAGCACGCAGAUAAUCCUUCAUGAUGACUUUGAGUGGGAUUCCCUUGAAUCUCAAGGCCUUCACUCAUAUCUCCAGCUGCAUCAGGGCAUGGAAAUGAGCUACGGUUCCCGGCUCUGCCGUUAUGCUCUUGCGGCGCACACAGAUGGCAACAUGUAUUUCAUGUGGAGCAUUCAUCAUGCUGUUUUUGACGGCUUGUCUGCCCAAAAGGUCUUGAGAAUUCUUGAGAAGGCAUACGAGGGUAUCGAGUCUCUUGAGGUACCAACAUAUGCCCGUUUCAUCAAGUAUACUCUUGGUCUUGAUACAGACGCCGCCGCGUCAUAUUGGAGAGAGCAAUUGCAGGGUUCUCGCAAGGCCACUUUCCCGGCCUCCAAUGGAGCCUUUAAUAAGGCUAGCAUUACUCGAACUCUUGAAAGAUCGAUUAAGCUUCCUACUGUGAAUUUGUCUGGAAUCACUGUCGCUACUAUUGUGCGAUCCGCUUGGGCCAUAGUCAUCGCUCGGUAUAGUGAUACUGACGAUGUCACUUUUGGUACAUCUAUCUCUGGUCGUCAGGCCCCGGUACCUGAACUGAUGGAUAUGGUCGGUCCGGCUGUUACGACUGUCCCUAUAAGGGUUCGGGUAGACCGAACACAGCCAGCGUCUGGUUUCCUCCAAGCUGUUCAAAAGCAAGCAUUAGAAAUGGUUCCUUUCGAGCAAUUCGGUCUGCAAAAUAUCGCCAGAGUCUGUGAAGACGCGGUAGACGCGUGUGACUUCACAUCAUUAUUGGUAAUCCAACCAAUGCAGCACAUCUCAGACUCUAACAGCAGCAAAUCUAUCCUAGUACGCGCAGAUGGAGAACUCAAGGAGAAGGCAGAGUCCAUACAAAACUACUUCUCCUACCCGCUGAUUGCUCAAGCUCAUCUAUAUGAAGAUCACAUUAAUCUUGUUUCCAUAUACGACUCAAAUACCCUCGCUGAGAAGCAGCUUGAGACUCUUUCUCAACAGUUCGGUCACGUUAUAUGUCAGCUUGCAGCUGCUACUAGCGAGAAUACUCUUGACGAAACUCCCGAAAUCGUUAAUGCAUGCGUACAUGAGCUUAUUGAACGCCAGGCCGAGUGUCGGCCCGAUGCUGUCGCCAUAUCUGCGUGGGAUGCUGAGUUUACAUAUAACCAGCUUAAUUGUGCUGCUAACAGACUGGCUAAUUAUAUUAUUAAAUCUUAUGGAAUUCAGCCAGAUGAUAUUAUUCACGUGUGCUUUGAGAAGUCGAUUUGGCAUUUUGUUGCUAUUCUAGCCAUCAACAAGGCAGGAGCAGCAUGGGCGCCCCUUGAUCCAUCCCAUCCAGAACAACGCCUCCGUCAGAUAGUUGAUCAAACCAGAGCUAGCCUAAUUAUGACUUCUCCAAGCAACUCUGAUCUUUGCUCAGCUUUAGUUAAGAACGUGCUUUUAGUUACGCCAAACUUAGACCGGAAGCUGGCCAAGACGACUGAUUCCGAAGCUCCGAAUGUUGUUGCAAAGCCCGACAACGCUGCAUAUAUUUUGUUCACAUCUGGUUCCACUGGCACACCUAAAGGCUUCGUUAUGGACCACAAGUCUGUGUGUACUUCACAGACCGCUAUAACUAAAAGAUUAGGCCAUACCUCUAACGUCCGAAUGCUCCAAUUUGCGUCAUAUGUGUUCGACAUGUCAAUUGGUGAAAUUAUUUCCACAUUGAUUAGCGGCGGUUGCAUUUUUGUGCCAUCGGAAGAUAUUCGAAUGAACAAUAUCACGCAAUAUAUGCGGGAUAACCGAAUAAAUUGGGCGUUCCUUACACCUUCAUUCCUCCGCACCCUGGCGCCUAAGGAUAUUCCGGAUUUAGAAGUACUUCUGCUUGCCGGUGAAGCUGUUCCUAGAGAAAUCUUAAAUACUUGGUUCGGCAAAGUACGCCUUAUCAAUGGCUGGGGACCAGCUGAGACGUGUGUUUUCAGUACCUUGCAUGAAUGGAAGUCAGUAGACGAGAGUCCUUUGACUAUAGGCAGACCCGUUGGCGGAUUCUGCUGGAUUGUGGACCCUGAAAACCCUCAUAAGCUAGCACCUGUCGGCACAUUAGGUGAAGUUGUUAUCCAAGGUCCGACUCUGCUUCGCGAAUAUUUGGCCGAUCCGGAACGUACUGCAGCUUCUUGUAUUAAGGCACCUAAGUGGACGCCUCAGCCCGAUUCUCAGCAUUGGGGUCGCUUUUACAAAUCUGGUGAUCUAUGCUCGUAUAAUGCUGAUGGAACCCUCGAAUUCUCUUCCAGAAAGGAUACCCAAAUCAAGAUUCGAGGCCUUCGUGUCGAGCUGGGCGAAGUGGAAUACCACAUCCAAGCCGCAUUACAAGACGUUCGCCAGAUUGCCGUCGACGUGUAUAAUGACGAGCGUGGUACCAAUCUCGUGGCUUAUAUCUGCUUCACUGAUGAGAUUCGUGUUGCUGGUAUUAACCGCGACACUAACAGCCCAUUCUUCUCAAUUGAUCAAAAACUUCGGAAUCGACUGAAUGCUCUGGUCGGUGAGCUUGGGGUGACACUACCACGAUAUAUGAUUCCAACUCUUUACAUCCCGUGCAGCUUCAUGCCGUCAAUUACUUCUACUAAAUUAGACCGCAAUGAAUUACGCCGCCAUACACUCCUCCUUACGCGCGAACAACUGUCAGAAUACUCUCUACGAAGUGGAAGUAAGAGAGCCCCGGAAACUGAUAUGGAACGCAAGCUUCAGCAGAUCUGGUCUACUGCCCUUGGUAUCUCGCCGGAUUCAAUUAGUCGUGACGACAGUUUCCUCGGUCUUGGCGGUGACUCGAUAAAAGUAAUUCAGCUUGUUAGCGCUUGUCGAGAUAAAGGCAUUUCUGUAUCAGUCAAGGAUAUCUUCAACGACCCUCGUCUUAUUUCGGUAGCAAGAAUUGCCAGCUUACUAAGUUCUGUUGACGAUGUCACCAUUGAGCCAUUCGGCUUAAUAGAUGACGAGCAGAGACGCUUUUCUAUUGCUGAAAGCGCGAGAGACGAAUGUAACCUAGGACCUGAAGCGAUUAUUGAAGAUGCUUAUCCUUGUACAAAAUUCCAAGAAGGUCUCAUGGCUUUAUCUGUCAAAUCUCCCGGCUCUCAUGUCGCCAAGCAUGUUUAUCGACUGGCUGAUAAUACCGAUAUGGAGAAGUUUAAGUCUAGUUGGGCUCAAACUGUUUCUCUCUGCCCUACGCUACGGACGCGGAUUGUGCUCUUGGAUGACCAGUGCAUUCAGCUAGUAAUCAGGGAGGAUACGAAGCUCGAGAUGUCUGCCGCUUCGGAAUUCAAUGUUGCCAUGGCCGAAGCUGGCAACGUGGAAAUGACAUAUGGUUGCUCCUUGUCUCGGUAUACAAUAUUCCAAGGAGCAGACGGUAUCUACUUUAUCUGGACUGUACAUCACGCUGUUCACGAUGGAUGGACUAUUCGUCUUGUACUUGAGACACUCCAGAAGUGCUAUCAGAGUUCAAACAAUAACUCACUGAAACCAUAUUCAGCUUUCAUCAAGUAUGCAACUGAUGUUGUUCAGGAUCCGGCCACCAAGAAAUACUGGUCUCAGCAGCUAGAUGGCGCAGUACAAGCUUCAUACCCGCCUCGCCCCAGAUCUGAAACGCAACAUAAGGCGACCACUAGCAUGAUGACAAAAUCUAUUCAAAUGCCCAGCAUUACCCAGUCCUCAAUUACUGUGGCAACUGUUCUGCGGGCUACCUGGGCUAUGAUCCUUGCUCGUUACUCUGACACUGAUGAUGUCUGUUUUGGUACUUCAGUGUCUGGUCGUCAAGCAUCUGUUGCAAAUAUCCUGGAUAUGCCCGGCCCUAUUGUUGCCACUAUUCCGGUACGGAUAAAGCUAGAUGAAGAGCAAACAGCGCUUGAAUUCCUGGAGAGUAUUCAGUCGCAAGCCACGGAGAUGAUUCGAUAUGAGCAAUAUGGCCUACAAAAUAUCGCAAAGAUCUCCCCCGAUGUCAAAGAUGCCAUCGACUUCUCAUCUCUUCUGGUCAUCCAGCCAAGAACUCACUUAGACUUAAGUAAUGGAGAUGGUGAUAAUGACAACAUUCUUAUCCCGGCCAUAGAGAGUGAUGAAGCCUCAGCAGGCCUUUUGCAGGAUUACUUCACAUACCCAUUAAUCAUCCAGGGCCACGUAUUUGGCGAUCGGAUCGACUUAAUAUUCACCUACGAUAGCACUAUAUUAUCCAAAAAUGAUCUUAAUCGACUAGCCGGUCAAUUCGAGCAUAUAGCUCAGCAGCUCUUUGAGUCCAAUCACAUCAAGCUUAGAGAUAUCUCUUUGGCUGGCCCACAAGACAUCCAGCAGGCGAUUGCUUGGAACACCGAAAACCCUGAGAUUAUCGAAGACUGUAUCCAUAAGUUAUUCGAACGAAACGCAGCAUCUACUCCGAACGCAGUUGCUAUCGACGCUUGGGAUGGAAUGUUAACGUACGCCCAAUUAGACCAGAUGGCUAAUCGUUUAGCCCAUUAUCUUAUCAAGACUUUCGAUAUAAAGAGCGAUGAUCUUAUUCUUUGCCUCUUCGAAAAGUCUUUAUGGUAUGUCGUCACAGUUAUUGCAGUUAAUAAGGCCGGCGCUGCUUGGGUCCCACUUGAUCCUUCGCAUCCCACGCAGAGAUUACAACAGGUGGCAAGACAGACCAAAGCCAAUUUGCUUCUUGCUUCGUCCUUGCAACUCAAUUUGGGUAAUCAACUAUCGCACACUGUUCUUGAAGUCGGCCAGGCCUUGGACGAUGUUCUCAUACAAACAGAGCCCAGUACUCAAGCUCCAGAUGUGACGGUUUCUCCCCGCAAUGCCGCGUAUGUACUGUUCACUUCUGGCAGUACUGGAACACCAAAAGGACUAGUGAUGGAGCACGGAGCUGUCUGUACUAGCCAGACUGCUAUCACUGCCCGUAUUGGCCUUCACAGCGGUGUAAGGCUACUGCAGUUUGGCGCCCAUGUUUUUGAUCUUUCUGUUGGUGAGAUUUGUUGCUCAUUGAUUCGCGGGGCCUGUCUUGUCAUCCCAUCAGAUGAGAUUCGCAUGAAUAGCCUUGCAAAGUUUAUACAUGAGAAGAACAUCAACUGGGCAAUUUUCACACCCUCUUUCAUCCGAACCCUCGAACCUACCGAUGUUCCACAUCUGGAAUUGGUCAUCCUCUGUGGUGAGCCUUCUGGUAAGAAGAUAUUAGAGAAGUGGGUUGGCAAGGUUAGAUUGUUCAAUGGAUGGGGCCCGGCCGAAACCUGUGUAUACAGCAGUUUACAUGAGUGGAAGUCGGCGGCCGAGAGCCCUCUCACGAUUGGCAAGCCUGUUGCCUCUUUCAUCUGGAUUGUUGAUCCCAAGCAUCCCAAUCAACUUGCUCCGGUAGGCACCAUUGGAGAGGCUGUCAUACAAGGCCCUACUAUACUGCGUGAGUAUCUCGAUGAUCCUACAAGAACGCAUGCUAGUAUCCUUGAGUCAAUUCCAGACUGGGCUCCACCCCGUGAACCGCAACAACGGUGGAGUCGAGUUUACUUGACAGGCGAUCAUUGUAGUUACAACCCUGACGGGACCAUUGAGUACCAUGGACGGAAGGAUACACAAAUUAAGAUCCGAGGGCUUCGUGUAGAACUUGGAGAAGUUGAGCAUCAAAUUCGCAAACUCUCGGAGAAUCUGGUUCACGUUGCCGUGGAUGUUCACAAAUUUGAAGCAGGCUCAAUGUUAGUUGCAUACCUUGGAUAUUCCGAAAAGAAUUCGGAUGAUCCAGAUGCGAUAUUUAUGCCUCUCACCAAUAAUCUCCAAAGAGAUCUUGAUGCUAUGGCUAGCCAACUUGGCGUUUUAUUGCCCCGUUAUAUGGUGCCUACUUUGUUUAUCCCAUGUUCUCAGAUGCCUUUCUUGACAUCUGGCAAACUUGACAUGGGCCGACUCCGCAGACUCACUUCUGCAUUAGACCAAAAGCAGCUACAAUCUUAUGCGUUAGAAGACACGCAGAAAGAGGCUGCUGAGACUGAGACGGAAAUUCGUCUUCGAGACAUUUGGGCCAAGAUUUUAGGACUUCUGCCUCAAUCAAUCGGCCGCCGCGACAGCUUUCUACGUAUCGGUGGAGAUUCAAUUGCUGCCAUUCAGCUGGUAGCGGCCGCCAGCAAAUCUGGCAUCUCGUUUUCAGUCAAGGAUGUCUUCGAUGAUUCACGCCUUUGGAAAUUGGCAGAACUUGCAUCUUCUCGACUUAAAUCGGAUGUUGCGGAUGUGACGGUUGCACCAUUUAGUCUGCUUAGUCCUACUCUGGAUCAGACAGCUGUUACAGCCACUGUAAACGCACAAUAUGAUCUCCCUAACGAUAUCAUUGUAGAGGAUGCUUAUCCAUCAACAAAGCUUCAGGAAGGUCUUAUGGCAAUAUCUGCUCGACAGCCAGGCUCGUACGUUGCAAAGCAGGCUUUCCAAUUAGCCAAGAAUGUUGAUAUCAAUACCUUUAAAGCGGCUUGGGAGCGUACUAUUGAACUUUGUGGCAAUCUGAGAACUCGUCUUAUGGUUAUCGGAGAUUUGAGCUUACAGGUUGUGAUCAAAAAUGAGGAAAUUCGAUGGGACAUUUCCAGUACGACUCUGGAGGCAUACCUGUCUCAAACGUUUGAUAUGGGAUACGGCGAUUCUUUACUCCGCUACGCCAUCGUCUAUGAACCGUCAGGAGAAAGCUACUUUGUUUUGAGCAUUCACCAUGCCAUAUUUGAUGGUUGGACGCUGUCUAUGCUUAUGAAAACGUUAGAGUCAAUUUACCACGGUAUUGAAGCUCCUAUUUUCCGGCCCUAUGCUGAAUUUGUGAAGCAUACUAUGGACAUCGAUAAGGUUGCCGCUUCCGAUUAUUGGCGUGACCAGCUUCAGGAUGCAAAGCGCGCCUCGUUCCCGCCAUUUUCGUCGUCUCAAUCAGCCCAAUCCAAUACUCGCAUUCUUGAGAAGCCUCUUAACUUUACUCAUUCAAGUGCAUCCGGUAUUACCAAAGCAACUAUUUUGAGAGCUGCGUGGGUAGUCGUUCUAUCUAAAUAUUCUGAUACCAAUGAUGUCACAUUCGGUGUUAACGUUUCUGGUCGCAAUGCUGCCGUUGCUGGAAUUGAAACGAUGCCUGGAUUAGUGGUCGCUACGGUGCCUGUCCGUGUACGAUUACAUCCUGAACAAACAGUCGCAAAAUUCCUUGAAAGUAUGCAGACCCAAUCAACCGACAUGAUUCCAUAUGAGCAAUUUGGUCUGCAGGAUAUCUCUAAGCUUAGCCCUGAAGCUAAGGAUGCUUGCGAUUUUUCAUCUCUCAUGGUAAUUCAGCCCAUGUCUAGCAUCGCCGGUAAUGCAACAUCUAUUCUUGUACCUCAAGACAUUGACAAGGAUGCUACAGAAGAGAGAUUACAAAAUUAUUUCUCUUAUCCACUCGUUAUUCAAGGUCAUAUACAUGAUGAUGGUGCGGUCAAGUUAUUGCUCAUAUAUGAUGCCAACGUUCUUGCGGAGAAUCAGCUCCAAGCAUUGUCCACACAAUUCGAUCAUGUGGUUCAGCAGUUGCUUACCCAAGAUUCCGAGACUAGGCUGGAGAAUAUCACUGUUGCCGGACCAUGGGAUCUGCAGCAGGCCAUCAGUUAUAAUGUGAAAGAGCCUGGUAUGGUUAGUGCUUGUGUACAUGAGCUUAUUACCCAACAAGCACUCAGGGAUCCCCAUCAUGAGGCCAUCUACUCAAAUGAAGCCACAAUGACAUAUGCUACUUUGAAUCGUCUGUCGAGCCUCCUAGCCCAGUACUUGCAUGAACUUGGUGUGAGGCCCGAAUCUGUUGUUCCGUUCUGUUUUGACAAGUCAUCGUGGGCGAUCGUCGCAAUGCUCGCCAUCCUCAAAGCCGGUGGUGUAUUCCUACCUCUUGACCCAUCUCAUCCUCGCAACCGCCGGGAAGCUCUGAUCCGAGAAGUUAGAGCCGAGAUUAUGAUCGUCUCACCUUCAUCAUCUGUUCCUUGUGAGCAUUUGACAUCUACAAUGGUAGAGCUUACACCUCAAUUGUUUGAAGAGCUUUCAUCGAUCUAUGAUGCUUUCCAAGAGAUUCAACCCAAGGCCAAACCUAGCAAUGCAGCCUACGUUCUAUUUACCUCCGGAUCUACUGGUAAACCAAAGGGUGUUUUGAUGGAGCACUCUGCGUUUGCCACCAGCACCUUGGGGCACGGUCGCGUAUAUAACCUCAGUCCGUCUUCUCGCGUCUUCCAAUUUUCCAACUACAUUUUUGAUGGAAGUCUGGGAGAGAUUUUUACCACUCUUUCAUUUGGCGGUACGGUUUGUGUGCCAUCCGAUGAUGAAAGACUCCAAGGAGCUGCUUCUUUCAUGCGAGAAGCCCGGUUGCUCGUCCUUGGUGGCGAACCUUCUUCUAAAGAUCUUCUUGAGACGUGGUGCGAUCGCCUUCGUCUGGUCAAUGGCUAUGGGCCAGCUGAAGCUUGUAAUUAUGCGACAACACACGAUUUCAAAGCUACUGACUCUCCUCGCAUAAUCGGACGCGGUUUCAACAGCGCUUGUUGGAUUGUUGAUCCGACAGACUACAAUAAACUGACUCCCAUCGGUUGCAUUGGAGAGUUGGUUAUUCAAGGAAAUGCCCUUGCUCGCGGCUACAUAAACGAUGCCGACCGCACCGCAGCUUCGUUCAUAACUCAUAUAGAUUGCUUGCCUAAAUCUAUGAUCCCGGGCCGACACAGGUUUUAUUUGACUGGUGACCUUGUUCGGUAUAACGUUAACGGGGAGAUGGAGUAUCUCGGUAGAAAAGAUACACAAGUCAAGCUUCGUGGACAGCGCCUUGAGCUUGGAGAAAUCGAGUAUCAUGUUAAGCGAUCAUUAUCUACUAUUGAGCACGUUGCUGUUGAUGUAGUUCAUCGUGAGGCUGGCGAUGCCCUCAUUGCCUUUAUCUCGCUUAAGGAAAAGAUGGCAUCUUCUGGUAACAUCCUUCUGCUCAACGAUGAUCUACGCCUAGCUUUGACUACUAUUAUGGAGCAUUUGAAGACGUCUCUUCCGGGCUAUAUGGUGCCCACAACUAUCUUACCCGUGAAGAGAAUGCCGUUCAUCACCUCGAUGAAAGUUGACCGGAAGAAGUUAAUUGCCACUGCCGCCUCUUUGUCAUUAGAAGAGCUUACCGCUUUCUCUAUAGUGAAGCGUGACUACAUCGCCCCCAGCACUUUCAUGGAGAAGAAACUGGCGGGUCUAUGGGCUCAGGUGCUCAAAAUCGAUCCUAACGAUAUUAGCAAGAAUGACAGCUUCCUUCAAAUAGGCGGCGAUUCAAUUUCUUCAAUUCAUCUAGUCGCACUUGCACAACAGUCUGGUGUUGGUUUAACAGUUGCCAGCAUCUUUGCUAAUUCUAAGCUAUCCUCAUUGGCCUUAACAGCUGAAGAGGGUAUAUCACAGUCAGUCCAUGAUGUGGUACCAUUCUCAAUGGUACCUACGAUGGAUUUGGAUUCCUUGUUAGAAGACGUUCGUGCCAAGUGUGGGUUAUCCAGCACUGCCGAUAUUGAAGACAUCUACCCUGUGACAACAUUCCAAGAAGGCCUUAUGGCUUUGACUGUUAAGCAAUCAGGUUCUCACGUGGCCAAAAAUGUCUACCGGCUCUCUGAGAAUACUGAUAUCGCACGCUUUAAAGCCGCGUGGGAGGCCACUAUGGAACUAUGCAGCAACCUCCGCACUAGGAUCGUGCUCUCAGGCGACACUACUAUUCAAGUUAUCUUGCAAGAUGUUUCUCCUUGGGAUGACACUACAAAUAUGACCCUCCAGUCAUAUCUCCAAGUUAAUCAGAGUCACAUGGGCUAUGGGUCUCCAUUGAGCUACCACGCCCUCAUUGAGCAGGCCGAUGGAAGCAGCUAUUUCGUGUGGUCUAUUCAUCAUGCCGUUUUUGAUGGCUGGACUACUCGCUUGGUCUUAAACACCCUAUUUUCUGCGUACAUGGGUGAUCAACUUGCUCCAUUUACCUCUUAUGCUCAUUUCAUCAACUAUACUGCCAACCUUAAUGCUGAUGCCGCCAAAGCCUUCUGGACCGAGCAGUUGCUGGAUGCUAAGCGGGCGCCAUUCCCUGCGGCCCUUUCCCGCAGUAAGCAAUCUAAAACACAAGUACUUGAGAAAGCUAUUGAACUACCGCAAUUUCAACAGACCUCGAUCACCAUGGCCUCCAUUUUGCGUGCUACAUGGUCUAUUGUCCUCGCACGGCAUUGUGAUACCGAUGAUGUAACCUUCGGAACUGCAAUUUCUGGAAGACAGGCUCCGGUUCCUGGUAUAACUGAAAUGGCAGGCCCAGUUGUUGCUACUGUUCCGGUACGCGUUCGACUGAAUAAGCUUGCGUCUAUUUCGGAAUUUCUUCAGGGUAUUCAGAAUCAAGCUUCUGAAAUGAUUCCUUUUGAACAAUUCGGUCUGCAGAAUAUUGCAAAGUUAAAUAUUGAAGCUAAAGAGGCUUGUGAUUUUGCAUCGCUUUUAGUCAUUCAGCCCAUGAAGAAGCUGCUUGAUACGGGCAACAACAAAGCCAUCAUAGAACACAUGAGUGCGACCACCGAAGAUUUGGAAGAGUAUAUGAAAGAUUACUUCUCUUAUCCCCUUGUUGUGCAAGGCCAUGUGUACGAAGACUCGGUUAACUUGGUCCUUAUUUAUGACGCGGAUAUUUUAUCUGAGCAACAAUUACUCGCUUUAGCUCAUCAAUUUGAGCAUGUUGCACAGCAGCUUGUUCUCGAGGAUAGCGGCAAUAGGACUCUCGGAGAUGUGUCUGUGUCAGGUUCUUGGGAUGUUGAGUAUGCUAUACGCCAGAACAACGAAGUACCUGAGCUUGUUGAAUCUUGCCUCCAUACCCUCGUAGAGCAACAGAAAAUGAUUCGACCGGAGUCUCCUGCUGUUCACAGUUGGGAUGGGAAUUUUACGUAUAGUCAACUCGAUCAGGCUGCCAACAGGCUGGCGAACCACCUUGUGGCAGAGUAUGAAAUCAAGAAUGACGAGCUUAUUCACGUUUGCUUCGAGAAGUCGUCUUGGUUUGUGGUUGCUAUUCUGGCCAUUAAUAAAGCUGGCGGUGCUUGGGUUCCAUUAGACCCUUCCCACCCUACUCAGCGCCAUCAGCAGGUUGUUAGUCAAACUAGAGCUCGGCUUGCUCUGGUCUCGCCUUCAAACAUUUCAACGUGCGUUGACCUUGUAGAGCACGUGGUAGAAGUUUCGUCUACUACAGAUGAGAUUUUGAACAAGACUGAGAUGUCUGAUCGGGGCCCUGAUCGUGAAAUCUCUCCCUCCAACGCUGCCUACGUGCUUUUUACUUCCGGAUCCACUGGUACUCCAAAGGGUCUCAUAAUGGAACAUAGAAGCCUUUGCACAGCACAAACGGCUGCUGUAAAGCGCCUGAGACUUGCUCCCGGCGUCAAGACACUACAAUUUGCUUCUUAUGUAUUCGAUGCUGCGGUUGGUGAAAUUGUUGCUCCACUUAUUACCGGCGGGUGUUUAUGUAUCCCGUCAGACCACGACAGGAUGAACGCGCUGCCUGAAUUCAUCCGACAGAACAGUAUCAACUGGCUUUGGAUUACACCGUCGUUAAUUCGAACGCUUAAGCCUGAGGAUUUACCAAGUCUUGAGGCAGUAGUCUUAUUGGGUGAAAUCAUUCCCAGGGAUAUCAGGGAUGCUUGGUUUGGCAAGGUCCGCCUACUUAAUGGAUGGGGGCCAGCCGAGACCUGCGUGGUGUCUACCCUUCAUGAAUGGAAAUCUAUUAAUGAGUCACCUCUCACAAUUGGUUCCUCUGUGGGUGGUUUCUGCUGGAUUGUUGAUCCAGAAAAUCCCCAUAAAAUCGCCCCGAUUGGAGCAGUGGGCGAAAUUGUUAUCCAAGGACCAACAAUAUUGAGGGAAUACCUGGACGACCCGGUUCGCACAUCAGCUAGUACGGUUAAGAACCUUCCUGUAUGGGCCCCGAACCGUGAAACUAAGUACUGGAAUCGAUUCUACAAGUCUGGCGACCUUGCCUUUUACAAUGCGGACGGAACCAUUCAAUUUGUAAGUCGCAAGGACACACAAAUCAAGAUCCGCGGCCUUCGUGUUGAAUUGGGCGAAGUUGAACACCACGUCAAGAUUGCCUUCAGCGGCAUUCAGCAAAUUGCUGUCGAUGUCAUCAGAUCUGGCAUUGGUGCUAGUCUGGUGGCAUACUUUUGUUUUACCGAUGAAAUAAGAAUAACUGGUACUCGUGCUGGCUCUGAUGAUAGUGGUCCAUUUGUUCAAAUGGAUGAUGAAUUGCAGGGUAUUCUCACUACGGUGAUAGGCCAGCUUAACAUCUCAUUGCCGCGAUAUAUGGUUCCAACAUUCUUCAUUCCUUGCCGGUACAUGCCUUACAUUACUUCAAGAAAAUUGGAUAGAAAUGACCUCAAACGACGAACUGCUGUACUCAGCCAAGAAGAGCUCAUGAUGUACUCUCUUCAAACAGGGAAGAAACGGGAACCACACACAAUAAUAGAAAAAGACCUUCAAGCCAUUUGGUCUCAACUAUUAUCUCUUCCAUCCGAGAAUAUUGGCCUUGACGACAGCUUUUUGGGCUUAGGCGGUGAUUCAAUUACUGCUAUCCACCUCGUCACUAUGUCCCGCGAGAAGGGCAUCUCAUUGACGGCUCAGGAUAUUUUUGAUGACCCGCGAUUGUUCGCCGUCGCUUCACGUGCGAAGAAGUCGGAUGAAGAUGAACAAGAAGCUCUAGUGAUCGCUCCCUUCUCGCUUCUUAGCGAAAAAUCACAGCAAUUGGCCUUAGCCGAUGGCGUUCGCGCCCAGUGUAACUUGGCUUCUGGAACCAUUGUGGAUGCCUAUCCAUGCACCGCCCUACAAGAAGGCCUCAUGGCAUUGUCUGUCAAACAACCUGGCUCAUAUAUUGCUAGGUUUGUCUACCGCAUACCCGGUUAUGUGGACGUCUCUCGCUUUAAAAUUUCCUGGGAGCAGACUGUUACUCUUUGCGACAAUCUUCGAACCCGAAUCGCCCUUGUUGAUGGACGAGCCACCCAAAUUGUUACUAAUGAGCCCGUCACUUGGGCACUCAGCCUUGAUUUGAAUACUGCAUUUUCGGAUAUGAGAUCAGUCCAGAUGACUUACGGAUCUCCCCUAUCUCAGUUUGCAUUAGUUGAGCAGAAUAGUGGCGAUAUUUUCUUUUUGUGGUCAAUUCAUCAUGCUAUAUUCGACGGCUGGACAGUGCCAAUAUUGAUGAAUACGUUGCAUGCUCUCUAUCGUGGUGUAGAGCCAGCGCAACCCGUCUCCUACGCUCGAUUUGUCAAGUUUACUAUGGACGUUGACAAUGAGGAUACUGUCAAGUACUGGAGAGACGAAUUGCAUGACGCAAAGAAAGCCACGUUCCCUCCAGUUACACCUUCUCGACCUAACGCUAUGAAUGUUCUAGAGAAAUCCAUCAAUUACUCUCGGACUGUCGGCUCUUCAAUUACCAGGGCCACCCUCCUACGAGCGGCAUGGGCUCUUGUACUUUCUCGAUACUCUGAAAGCAAUGAUGUGACCUUUGGUACCACAAUCUCCGGUCGUCAGGCUCCUGUUAAUGGUAUCACUAACAUAGCUGGCCCUGCUGUUGCAACUGUUCCUGCUCGAAUUCGCCUUGAUAAACAGCAGACUGUAUCUGAUUUCUUAGAGAGUGUCCAGAAUCAAGCUCUAGGUAUGGUACCUUACGAGCAGUAUGGUCUACAGAAUAUCUCAAAGAUCAGCUUAGAUGCCAAGGAAGCUUGUGAUUUUACCUCACUAUUGGUUAUCCAACCCAUCGAUCAAUUGGAAUAUCACAGCGAUGAUGCACUUUUGGUCCCAGCUGAGUCGUCCACCACUGAAGAGGCAGACAUCAUGAAAAACUACUUCUCAUAUCCUCUUGUCAUCCAAGGCCAUCUUUAUGAAAACACAAUCAACCUAAUGCUCAAUUAUGAUUCUAAAAUCCUAUCAGAAAGCAAGAUGCAGGCUUUAUCUCAUCAUUUUGAUAAUGCUGUUCAAGAGCUUACUAGCAAAGGCGACAUACUUCUUGGUAGUAUAUCUCUAUCAAGUAACUGGGAUUUUGACCAGGCUCUUCAGCUCAAUAGCAGAACGCCUGACGCUGUUGAACGAUGCUUCCAUGAAAUGGUCGACGAAGUUGCGUCGGUUAGAAGUGAUUCUCUAGCCAUUUCUGGUUGGGAUAAAUCGUUUACCUAUAAAGAAAUGACGGAGACAACGAACCGCAUUGCCCAGUAUCUUGUUGCUGAGCACGGAGUCAAAGUCGGAGAUAUUAUUCAUGUAUGCUUCGAAAAGUCGGCUUGGUUCCUCAUCGCUACCUUAGCUAUCAAUAAGGCUGGUGCAGCCUGGUCAACUCUUGACCCAUCUCACCCAACCGAACGAUAUCAGAAGAUCAUCAGUCAAACUGGUUCUCAGCUGGCACUGGCUUCGGCUAUCAAUUCUCACAGGUGUAUUGGUUUAUUGCCAAAAGUAAUUGAACUGACACCUGAACUUGACGCCAAAUUGGCUCUCAAUAGUCAAUGGAGCGCCAAAAGACCAGCCGUAAAAGUCACUCCCAGCGAUGUCGCUUAUAUCCUAUUCACCUCCGGAUCCACAGGUGUACCAAAAGGUGUUGUGAUUGAACAUGCGUCACUUUGCACCAGUCAAACUUCUCUAUCACAGGCUCUUCAAUUCCAAGAAGACUUUAGAGUUCUUCAGUUCUCAUCUUACUCGUUUGACGCUGCAUUGUUCGAGAUUGGUUCCACCUUCCUCACUGGUGCUUGCCUGUUUGUUCCCUCAUGGGAUGAACAGAUGAACGAGUUAACAGAGUACAUCCGAAAACAUCAAAUCACCUGCGCGCUUCUGACUCCGACUCUCGCCCGAACUAUUCGCCCUGAGGAUGUUCCUUCCCUUGACAUGCUGUUAGCUGCCGGCGAGGCUCCUACACGUGAUAUUCUCGAUAUCUGGUUUGGAAAAGUCAGACUUCUUAACGCUUGGGGCCCGACUGAAUGCUGUGUUAUUGCGUGUCUUCACGAAUGGACUUCCGUUGAUGAAUCCCCCAAGGUUAUCGGUCGACCAAUCGGCGGCUCAUGCUGGAUUGUCGAUCCAGACGAUUCCACACGCAUGGCACCCUUAGGAACUGUUGGAGAAAUUGUUAUACAAGGUCGAAAUCUGCUACGUGAAUACCUCUCCGAUCCCGUCAAAACCGCUGCCUCUACCGUUACAGGUCUUCCUCCAUGGGUUACAAAGCGUGAUUUCCUUUAUUGGGAUCGCUUCUACCUUACAGGGGACUUGGGCUUCGUCAAUGAGUCUGGAAAUAUAGAAUAUUGUACCCGUAAAGACACUCAAGUUAAGAUUCGAGGACAGCGUCUCGAGCUUGGAGAGAUUGAGCAUCAUAUUCAGGCCAAUCUCGAAGGUGUCCGACAGGUCGCUGUAGACGUUGUCAGAUCUGAUGCUGGCUCAGCGCUUGUUGCUUUCGUUAGCUUCUCUGAUGCCAAGGAACCGAUAAGCCUUGAUGAAGCAACAGUUGGAAACGGGAUAUUUUUGCCACUUGAUGGGAGUCUCCAAGCUACAAUUAGUAGCCUGGUAGGAACACUGGGCACCCUCAUGCCCCGAUACAUGGUGCCGAGUGCAUUUAUUCCAUGUGCCUACAUGCCCCUGGCGACUUCAACUAAAUUAGAUCGCAAGAAGUUGAAGGAACUGGCCUCUUCUCUUAGCCAAGAGGAAAUGGCUGUCUAUUCGCUCGCCAAUGAAGAGAAAACUGCCCCGCAGACGGUUAUGGAGAGCCGUAUCCAGAAACUAUGGGCACAGGUCUUGAAUCUUAGCAUUGACGCGAUUGGACGCGACGACUCCUUCCUUCAAAUUGGCGGCGAUUCCAUUUCUGCGAUUCAACUUGUUUCCCUAGCUCAAGAGGCCAACCUCAGAAUCACCGUCAGGGAUAUAUUUAACGAUCCACGGCUGUUGGCUAUUGCGUCUAAAGCCACUGAGAUUGGUGAAGAUGGUGAAGAAGUGGUCCACAUUGAACCUUUCGGUCUUCUGGACGACUCUCUUAAAAAUGAGGUUCUCAGCCAGGGUAUUCAAAGUCAAUACAAUCUUCCAACGGAUAGGGAAAUAGAGGAUGCGUAUCCAUGUACAAAACUACAGGAGGGUCUCAUGGCUCUCGCUGUCAAGCAGCCCGGAUCGUACAUUGCUAAAUUUCUCUAUCGAAUUUCUCACAACGUCGACAUCUCACACUUUAAGACGACUUGGGAGGAGACAGUUCGCCUGCUACCCAAUCUUCGCACUAGAAUCUUCAAUGUCGGCAGCAUGUCCAUCCAGGCUGUCCUAGAAAAUGAUAUUUCUUGGCAAUCAACUGAUGAACACUCUUUGCGUUCUUAUAUGCAAGCCGCUGAAACUUGUGAGAUGGGUUAUGGCUCUUCGUUGGCUCGAUAUGCCCUUAUUGAAGAAAGUGGAGAAACAUAUUUCGCAUUACUCAUGCACCAUGCCAUUUUUGACGGUUGGGGCAUAAGGGUUGCUAUGGGAAUUUUCCACUCCAUCUUCCGCAACCAGAGUGUUGUGGUUGUAGAGCCUUACGUACGAUUUGUCCAGUACACCUUGAAUAUUGACAAUGAUGCCGCAGCCGAUUACUGGAAGGCUCAAUUCCAAGGUGCAAGAGAAACGGUUUUCCCAGCAACGCCAUCAUCUGUGCAUGAGAAGAAGAGAAAUACUACGCUCACGAUUGAGAAGGCCAUUGAACUGCCUAAUAUGAGCAAGACUUCAGUCACAAAAGCCACCAUGCUUCGAGCUGCCUGGGCCAUUGUGUUAGCUAAAUAUUGCGAUUCUGAGGAUGUUACCUUUGGUACUACAAUAUCUGGUAGGCAAGCGCCCGUUCAUGGCCUUGCAGAUAUGACCGGACCUGCUAUUGCGACAGUCCCUGUCCGCGUUGUCAUUGACCGUACCCAGUCUAUCGCGGAUUAUUUACAAACUAUUCAAAGCCAGGCAAACGACAUGAUUCCUUUUGAACAAUUCGGCUUACAAAACAUUUCCAAACUCAGCUCUGAUGCUAAAGAUGCCUGCAAUUUCAGCAGCCUGCUUGUGAUCCAGCCUAUACAAUCACUAUCCUAUGUGGAUGAAAGUGCAGACACUAUUUUUGUCCAUGCAGAGGUCGAAAAGGAAAUUGGCGACACAGUCCAGAAUUAUUUCAGCUAUCCAUUAGUUAUUCAAGGACACAUGCAUGAAAGCUUCAUCAAGCUCGUCCUGAUUUACGAUGCAGAUGUGCUACCCGAGAACCAGAUGAUUGCUUUAUCCCACCAAUUCGAAAUAGUCAUGAAACAACUAGCCUCUCAGUCAGACCAAGAGCUGGGCUCUGUUUCUUUGACUAGUGAUUGGGACCUUGCCAAUUCUAUGAAGCAGAACAGCGAUAUUCCCGACAUUGUUGAGUCUUGUGUUCAUCAAUUAAUUGAGCGCCAAGCUGCUGCCCAGCCAGAUGCCCUUGCUAUCGUAAGCUGGGAUCGUGAUUUCACUUACCGGCAACUUAACGAGGCGUCCAAUAGGCUGGCACAUUUACUUGUCAGCAGAUAUAAUGUUCAGCCAGAAGACUUGAUCCCAGUCUGCUUCGAGAAGAGUGCCUGGCAUUUUGUCGCUAUUACGGCGAUCAAUAAAGCCGGCGCUGCCUGGGUUCCCCUCGAUCCCUCACAUCCGGAAUUGCGCCUCCGUCAAGUCGUUUCCCAGACCCACGCCAAACUGGCUCUAUCAUCUUCAGCCAAUUCCAAAUUAUGUGGCAUUCUCGUUGGCGAGGUAGUCGAAGUAAACGCCGAGCUUGAUAACAAGCUAUUGGCAACGGAAGCUAGUGAGAAUGGUCCUAUUGUGGCUAUCUCUCCGCGUAACGCCGCAUAUGUGCUAUUUACAUCUGGUAGCACAGGAACUCCAAAAGGUCUCGUUAUGGAACAUGGAUCUGUCUGUACGUCGCAGGUGGCCAUUGCCAAAAGACUAGGUCUAAACUCAAAAGUUCGAAUGUUGCAAUUUGCUGCGUUUGUCUUUGAUCUAUCAAUUGGGGAGAUCAUUGGACCGCUUAUUUCCGGUGCUUGCAUUUGCGUUCCAUCAGAGGAUACCCGCAUGAGUGGCAUCGUUGACUUCAUCAAUACCAAGGCUGUUACUUGGGCAUAUCUGACGCCAUCCUUUGUUCGUACAAUUAAACCAUCGGAGGUGUCGCAUCUAGAGCUUCUACUACUUGCGGGUGAAGCUGUUCCUCGGGACGUUUUUACGACCUGGUUUGGUAAGCUCCGUCUAAUCAAUGGAUGGGGCCCUGCCGAAACUUGUUGCUUUAGCGCAUUGCAUGAAUGGCAAUCUGCUGAGGAAAGCCCUCUUACUGUCGGUCGUCCUGUAGGUUCAUUCUGUUGGAUAGUUGACCCAGAAAAUCCGUGUCAACUUGCGCCAGCCGGUAUCUUAGGCGAGGUUGUAAUUCAAGGUCCAACGAUUCUACGCGAGUAUUUAUCUGAUAAAGAACGUACCGACGCUGCUGUUGUUAAAUCUCUCCCCGAGUGGGCGCCAUUCCGCGAGCAGGCCAAUUGGAGCCGCUUUUAUAAAUCGGGAGAUCUUUGCAAGUAUAAUCCUGAUGGAACUAUCGAAUUUUCCAGUCGCAAGGAUACACAAGUUAAAAUACGUGGCUUAAGAGUGGAAUUAGGUGAAGUUGAACAUGCUGUUCAGGUCGCUUUGCAUGGUGUCCGACAAAUCGCCGUUGACAUCUUCAAGGGCGAUAAUGGCACCAACCUCGUGGCAUAUUUCUCGUUUAGUGACGAAACCCGCCAGAUCCAAGAAGCCGACCCCUCUGGACCCUUUCAGCCGUUGGAUGAGGAUUUACAAGCCCGUCUAACAGCCGUUGUAGGGGAGCUUAACAUAGCUCUGCCUAGGUACAUGAUUCCAACUCUGUUUAUCCCUUGCAAGUAUAUGCCUUCUAUCACGUCUACCAAACUCGAUAGGGGCGAGCUUCGGCGUCGCACUGCUACCCUUUCUCAAUCUGAACUGGCUGUGUUUUCUCUGCUAAGUGGUAAGAAGAGGGCUCCAGAGACGCCAAUGGAGAUUCUUAUUCGGCACAUUUGGUCAGAGCUUCUUGACAUGCCACUCGAUUCUAUUGGUCGUGAUGAUAGCUUUUUAGGACUCGGGGGUGAUUCAAUUACUGCUAUCCACUUAGUCAGCGUUUCUCGAGAGCAUGGGAUUCAUCUUGCUGUAAAGGAUAUCUUUAAUGACCCACGUCUACUGGCUGUUGCCAGUAAGGCUAGGGAACUUGAUGCCCAGGAUCAACAACAACCGCUGGAAAUAGUACCAUUUAGCCUUCUUAGCCCUGAGAAUCGUGACUCCGUCGUCGGUUCCAGUGUCACGCAGCAGCUCAAGUUGCUCGCAGGCCAGACCGUUGAGGACGCAUAUCCAUGCACCAAGCUUCAGGAAGGUUUGAUGGCGUUAUCUGUGAGCCAGCCAGGAAGCUAUAUUGCGAGAUAUGUAUACCGCCUACCCCAGACAGCUGAUAUCGCUCGUUUUAAAUCUGCUUGGGAACAGACAAUCAUCCAGCAUCCUAUUUUGAGAACGAGAAUCAUCCUAGUCAACAAUACUUGUGUUCAACUCGUAGUUAAGCACGAUGUUGCUUGGGAUGGCCAAGAUUCCAGCGAUCUGAAGGAAGCUGUCCGUGUUACUCACUCAUACCCCAUGACAUACGGCACCCCUCUAUCCAGACACUCUAUCCAUGAGUCCGAAUCCGGCGACAAGUACUUUUUAUGGACAAUCCAUCACUCAAUACACGAUGGUUGGGCCGUGUCUGUGAUUUUUAAUACACUUCAUCAGGCCUACAAGGGCCUCGAACUGGGAACCCCCAAGGGUUUCGCGGGCUUCAUCAGGUACACCAUGGAACUUGAACAGGAAGCUGCUAGUGAUUAUUGGAGAGCACAGCUUCAAAAUGCAAAGCGGGCCAGCUUCCCAAAGACUGAUCUUGCGCUGAAGUCUACUGCCACCGAACAGAAGAUUCGUACCAUUUCUACUUCUGUGAAAUUCCCGACUUCAUUCAACAGUGUCGCUACGAAGGCUACUACUAUAAGAGCUGCCUGGGCAAUUGUUCUUGCAAGAUAUUGCGAAAGUGAUGAUGUUUGCUUCGGAGCUACCAUCUCUGGAAGACAAGCACCUGUAUACGGCCUCCUAGACAUGGCUGGCCCGGCAGUUGCAACUGUCCCAGUUCGCGUGCGGCUUGACAAAGAUCAGAGAGUUUCUCACUUCUUACGGGAUGUUCAAAACCAAGCCCACGAAAUGGUGCCAUUUGAGCAGUACGGUCUUCAAAGCAUCGCUAAAUUGGGCAGUGAUGCAAGAGAUGCUUGUGAUUUUACAUCACUCUUGGUAAUCCAGCCGGUCCAACGACAAGAAUUUGGCAUGCAGUCAAAUGACGCCCUUUUAACCCCAGUUCAGGUAGAGCUUGAGGAUAUGCUUCAAAACUAUUACAACUACCCUCUGGUUCUCCAGGGUCAUGUUUACGACGACUAUGCCGACCUCGUUUUGAUUUACAAUUCUACUGUUAUUCCCGGGCCACAGGCGACCGUUCUUAGCCACCACUUUAGCAACGUUUUACAGCAAUUGCUGACGAAGGAAAUUGAUGGCAAGCUGGGAGAUAUCUCAGUUGCUGGCUCAUUUGAUCUAGAGCUUGCCCAGAAAUCUAACGGUGCUGGACCCAAGAUUAUUGAUGAUUGCAUUCAUCAUGUUAUUGCGAGACAAGUUGAACGAAGACCGAAUGCACCUGCUAUUGACGCCUGGGACGGACAGUUCACCUACGGUGAAUUAGACCGCGCAGCUAACAGAUUGGCACAUCUCCUCAUUAAUGACUAUGGAGUAAAGAUUGGCGACAUUGUCCAUGUUUGCUUUGAGAAGUCCAAGUGGUAUAUCGUGGCUAUUCUGGCAAUUAAUAGGGCCGGCGCGGCUUGGGCUCCAUUUGAUCCUGCGCAUCCUCUACAGCGACUCCAAGCUGUUGCCAGUCGAACCGAUGCCAAGCUGGCUCUUGCUUCAACUGCCAAUACAAGCCUCUGUGAACAAGUGGUGGAAUACGUAGUUGAAGUUUCGUCUACUUCCGACAGAGAGCUUUUGAAUUUAUACGGAAUUAGCGAAAAGGGGCCUGAUGUUCACGUCAAGCCUACUGACGCUGCGUACAUUUUGUUCACAUCAGGAUCUACCGGCGUGCCUAAGGGUAUUGUGAUGCAACACAAAGCACUUUGCACAAGCCAAGCAGCAAUCAGUGGAUGGCUAGGCCUUGACCACACUGUUAGGAUGCUACAAUUCUCAUCGUUUGUUUUUGAUGUUCUUGAUGGCUUCGUCCGCGACUUCAAUGUCACAUGGGCAUAUCUGACGCCGUCAUUCACCCGUACAUUAAAACCCAAAAAUUUCCCUAAUCUUGAGCUACUACUUCUUAUUGGCGAAGCUACAACUCAAGAUGUACUCGAUACUUGGUUCGGUCUUCCCAACACACGAUUCAUUAAUGCUUGGGGUCCUGCAGAGACCUGCGUCUUUAGCUCACUUUACGAAUGGCACUCUAAUACCGAGUCUCCCAUGAAGCUUGGUCGGGCUGUUGGCGCGUAUGUGUGGGUUGUUGACGCUGACAACCCUCAGAGACUUGCGCCCACUGGCUGUUUGGGCGAAAUUGUUGUCCAAGGUCCUUCACUCCUCAAACAGUAUCUCGCAGACCCUGAGAAAACAAUUGCUGCUACAGUUACUGAACUUCCUGAGUGGGCUCCUCAACGUCAAUCUAUGUCAUGGAACCGAUUUUAUAAAACAGGUGAUUUGGGUUUCUACGAUUCCGAUGGCGUACUCCAUUUUGCUAGCCGAAAAGACACACAAGUCAAGAUUCGUGGAUUACGUGUUGAGUUAGGCGAAGUUGAACACCGCAUUCAAGGCUCUUUGGAGGGCGUUCGCCAGGUAGCUGUUGAUGUCUUUAAAACCGAAAAGGGGGCUAACUUGGUUGCCUACUUCUGCUUUUCCGACGAUACUAAGACUCCAGCUCAGAGUGCUGGCCUCGAAAGCAAAGACAUAUUCUUGGCUAUCGAUACUGAGCUGAAAUCCAAGCUGGAUGAAAUGCUUGCCAAGCUGAACUCUGUAUUACCAACAUACAUGAUUCCAAAUAUGUUUAUUCCUUGUGAAUACAUGCCUUUUAUUGCCUCUUCCAAGUUGGACCGUGUCAAGCUUCGAGGCUUAACCGCCGAUCUCAGCCAAGACCAAUUAGAAACUUAUUCCUUGCUAGAUAAUGAGAAGCAGGAACCCCAGACUGAGAUGGAAUUCCGUCUCCAGCGGCUCUGGGCUGAGAUUCUAGAUUUGCCAGAAACUUCAAUUGGCCGACACGAUAAUUUUAUGCGAAUUGGUGGUGACUCGAUUGCUGCUAUUCAACUUGUUUCAAUGGCCCGUGAUGUCGGAAUUGGCCUUACGGUGAACGAUGUCUUUGAAGAUGCCCGCCUGAUUUCGGUCGCUGCCAAAGCUAUUGACGAGGGCGAGGGUGGCAAUAUUGUGGCGGCAAUUGAAGCAUUCAGUCUUUUGCCUACCGAUUUUGAAGAUCUUGUUCUGCAACAUACUCUUGCUGAUGGUCAAUUCAUCGAAGAUGCUUAUCCCUGCAGCAGGCUCCAAGAAGGUCUCAUGGCUCUCGCCGAAAAACAACCCGGCUCUUACAUCGCCAAGUAUAUGUACAAACUUUCUGAACAUGUCGAAGUUAACAAAUUCAAAGCAGCUUGGGAGAGCACAGUUGAGAUGGUCAGUGCCCUGCGCACCCGGAUCAUCCAAACUGGCGGCCGUUCUAUUCAGAUCGUUGUAAAUAGCGAUAUUACUUGGGACGAAGCCGACAGUGACUUACAGUCAUAUCUUGCUCAAUCUAAAAACCUCGAGAUGGGAUAUGGUUCUCGACUUUGUCAAUACGCCUUGAUUCGACAUGGCAACGAUACUUACUUUAGAUGGAACAUGCACCAUGCUAUUGUCGAUGGUUUAUCAACGCAGAACAUCUUAGGCAUACUAUUCAACAUUUAUAGCGGUAUCAGUGUUUCCCCACCGCCACCAUAUACUCGGUUUAUACAAUACAUUCUUCAACUGGAAGAAGACACUACAGCCAAAUACUGGGACACCCAGCUCCAUAAUGCGCAAAGGGCGAAUUUCCCGCCGCGUGAUGUGUCUCGCGACAAGCCUGCCGCCACUCAGAUGUUGCAGACAUCUAUCGAUCUCCCCUCGAGUGUAAAAGAUUCGACAAUCACAGUGGCUACAGUCAUUCGAGCUGCUUGGGCCAUUGUCCUUGCUAAAUACUGCGACUCUGAUGACGUGACGUUCGGCACCACCAUUUCUGGUCGACAGGCACCCAUCCCGGAGAUCAUGGGAAUGGUCGGCCCUACCAUUGCCACUGUGCCGGUCCGUAUACGCAUUGACCCCCAGCAGCUAAUCUCUGGCUUCCUUGAAGAAGUUCAAAGACAGAGUGUGGAGAUGAUUGCCUUUGAGCAGUACGGCCUUCAAAACAUCGCUAAAUUGGGUGAUGAUGCACGAGAUGCGUGUGAUUUUAACAGCCUUCUUAUCGUCCAGCCCAUGCAGCAUCUUGGUGGCAAGGGCAACGAUGAUGCCAUCUUGGUUGACGCCAGUAUUGAGGGAGAUGAUGCCACUGAUUCUCUUCAGAACUACUUCUCUUAUCCCCUUGUUAUCCAGGCUCACUUGUAUAAUGAUCAUAUAAGCCUUGUGCUUGUUUAUGACUCGAACCUUAUUCCAGAAACGCGACUAGCUGCUUUAUCUCAUCAUUUCGGUCACGUUUUGACACAGCUAACUACCACUGAGCCUGUUACUCUGGAGACAAUCUCAGUCUCCUCAGCAUACGAUGUUGAGAGAGCCAUGAUAGUCAACGCUGAGAUUCCCGAGGUCAUUGACGAGUGCAUGCACGAUUUGUUUGAGAAUCGAGCCAACUUAAACCCGCAAGCUCCUGCUAUUGCUGCCUGGGACGGUAACUUCACCUAUAGCGAGCUUAAUAGAGCAGCUAACAGGUUGGCUCACCACCUAAUCAAUGACUACGGCGUCAUGCCUAACGAUUUUGUCCAUGUUUGUUUUGACAAGUCAGCAUGGUACAUAGUAUCAAUAAUCGCAAUUAGCAAGGCGGGUGCCACUUGGGUUCCAUUAGAUCCUUUCCACCCAAAGCAACGAUUGCAAUCGAUUGUCAGCCAGACCAAGGCCAAACUGGCUUUAGUCUCGCCGGGCAACACAGCUCUCUUCUCCGCCUUAGUUGAAAACGUUAUUGAGGUAGCUUCAGCUCUCGAUAGCAUGCUUCCUGCUCAAAAUGGGGAUAAAAGCCCCAUCGUGUCCGUUACUUCUAGAGCAGUUGCGUAUGUGCUUUUCACUUCCGGUUCAACUGGUACACCCAAAGGCGUAAUGAUACAGCACGGUUCUUUAUGCACAAAUAUGAUUGCAAUCUCUGAGAGGCUGCGCUAUCAUUCAAAUGUGCGUAUACUACAAUUUUCCGCCUAUGUAUUCGAUUUCUCUAUUCUUGAGAUUAUCGCGUCGUUACUACAAGGUGCUUGUGUAUGUGUUCCGUCUGAGCACGUACGUAUGAAUAGCAUCGUCGAUUUCAUCCGUGACAUGAACAUCAAUUGGCUCUACCUAACACCGUCCUUCCUACGCACUAUACAUCCAGACGAUGUUCCGAACGUGGAAUUGGUAUGUGCUGGAGGUGAGGCUAUACCGCGCGAUGUUUUUGAGACCUGGGUUGGUCGCGUUCGUUUCUUCAAUGGUUGGGGUCCUACGGAAACAACUGUCAUGGGCAGUCUUCAUGAAUUCAAAUCUCUUGAUGAAUCGCCAUUGGUCAUCGGCCGACCUGUCGGUGGGUUCUGUUGGAUUGUUGAUCCAAACAAUCCACAGCUUAUUGCACCAACCGGGACUCUAGGCGAGAUAGUUAUCCAAGGCCCAACUUUACUUCAAGAGUACCUCGAUAAUCCUCAAAAGACCCAAGAAGCAAUUCUAUACGAUUUACCAGGAUGGGCGCCGCGACCCGAUGAAAAUAACUGGAGCCGAUUUUAUAAGACUGGCGAUUUAUGUUUCUAUAACGAUAAUGGCGAGAUUGAGUUUUCAUCACGCAAGGAUACGCAGGUUAAGAUACGGGGUCUUCGCGUUGAACUCGGAGAAAUCGAGUAUCACAUUCAAGCUUCACUUAAAUCAAUUCGUCAGAUUGCUGUGGAUGUCCUCAAAACCGAUAACGGCUCUAAUCUAGUCGCGUAUCUGUGUUUUAAUGACGAUAUCAGACAACUCCAUGAAACUGGUACCAACGGGCCAUUUGCUUCGUUCGAUACUGAGCUUCAAAACACGCUUAUUGGCGCAAUAGGUGAAUUGAGUGUGACCCUGCCACGUUAUAUGAUUCCUACAUUCUAUAUACCGUGCAGCUAUAUGCCCAGCAUCACAUCUGGUAAGCUUGAUCGAAAAGAGUUAAUAAGGCGGACGGCCACUCUGAGCCAAUCUGAACUAAACAAGUUCUCGAUACAUGGCGUCAGCAAACGUACGCCUGAGACUUCUAUGGAACUACAAUUACAACAGAUCUGGUCAACAAUACUAUCUAUCCCGUCCGAUUCUAUUGGUCGCGAUGAUAGUUUCCUUGGGUUAGGUGGUGACUCAAUUAUGGCUAUUCAUCUCGUAACAGCCUGUCGCGAGGCCGGGAUUUCCCUUACAGUGAAGCAGAUUUUUGACGAUCCUCGUCUAUCCGCGGUCGCAUCUCAAGCUCACGCCACUGACGCUAUUGAUGGUGAUUUGUCUAUCCCUCCAUUUAGUUUGCUGUCUGAUCGUCUCUGCGAGAUGGCUCUCAAUGAUGACAUCCGGUCUCAGACUGCAUUAUCCCCUCAUCAAGUCAUCGAAGAUGCUUACCCUUGUUCAAAACUACAAGAAGGCUUGAUGGCUCUUUCUGUCAAGCAGCGUGGCUCUUACGUCGCACAGUACGUGUAUAAGCUAUCGAAUAGUGUAGAUCUUGGUCGAUUCAAAGCUGCUUGGGAGCAGACUGUCCAGCUUUGCACCAAUCUUCGAACUCGCAUCGUCAUGCUUGACGGCACUUGCGUUCAACUACUGAUUGAUGGCCCUGCUGAUUGGGAUACCGCGUUUCCAAGGGACCUAGAGGGUGCUCUAAACGCUACUCGCUCUGAGAUGACUUAUGGUUCUCGUCUCAAUCGUUUUGCUUUGGUUGAGGAUGCUGAGUUUGGCAACCAUUUCAUCUUGGCAUCACACCAUGCCGUCCAUGACGGUUGGACACUUCGAAUCAUCAUGAACACACUCUACGGUAUAUACUUGAACCAGGAUCUUCCUCGUCUUCUCCCGUACUCUGUCUUUAUCAGUUACACAGUCAAUGUUGAUAAAGAAGAAGCCAGCAGCUUCUGGAGCGAGCAGAUGAGAGAUGCUAAGCGUGCUACAUAUCCUGCAAUGCCCCGCAUAGAAUCUCAUACCGGUAUCACUCGGAUGAUGAAUCUAACGAUAUCUUUCCCUCCAUCCGUCAAGACUGUUAACACAAAAGCUACAAUUCUUCGUGCCACUUGGGCGGUUCUUCUUUCUCGUUACUGUGAUUCUGACGAUAUCACAUUUGGAACCACCGUGUCCGGUCGUCAGGCUCCUGUGCCUGGCCUAACCGAAAUGCCAGGUCCAGUCGUUGCAACAGUGCCAAUUCGAGUUCGUCUUAACCCUAACCAGACAGUGUCUCAGUUUUUGAGAAAUAUACAGUCACAAGCAACUGAUAUGAUUGCCUUUGAGCAAUUCGGUCUUCAGAAUAUCAUCAAGUUGAGCACCGAUGCUAAAAAUGCAUGCGAAUUCUCUUCGCUUCUUGUUAUACAACCUCGAGCCAUUUUAGAUUCGAUCACAGGCAAAGAAUCUUCUGAUUCUUUCUUGACGGCAGCAGUUGAAGCGAGAAGCGGUGAGCAACUGAUGCAAAAUUAUUUCACUUAUCCUCUUGUGAUCCAAGGACAUGUUUUUGACGAUUCCGUUGAGCUUCUUCUCACAUACGACUCGACCAUCUUAUCAGAAGGCCAAAUGCAGGCUCUCUCUCACCAGUUCGAUACUGUAGCAAGACAGCUAGUCAAUGAAUCUAAUGAUCUCCUUAGUUCAAUUGCCAUCUCCGGCGAAUGGGAUCUUGAGCAAGCUAAGAGGUGGAAUGUUGAAAAGCCCGAAAUUCUGGAUACUUGCAUCCACACUCUUAUCGAAAAUCAAGCACUCGUCAAUCCAGAUGCACCAGCUGUCUCCGCCUGGGAUGGUGAGAUGAACUACAGCCAGCUCAACACCGCUGCUAAUAAGCUAGCCCAUCAUAUACUCAAGGCAGGCGUCGAGACUGGUGAUCUGGUUCACGUUUGCUUUGAGAAAUCUCUCUGGUUCUUUGUUUCUAUUAUUGCAAUCAACAAGGUUGGCGCUGCCUGGGUACCGCUCGAUCCGUCUCACCCUGAACAGCGUCUAUGUCAGGUUGUCAGCCAGACGUUGGCCAAACUAGCGCUUUCAUCACCUGCCAAUGCUGUCCUUUGCAGUAAAUUGGUUGAGCACGUCAUUGAAGUCUCCCCUAGUUUCAUUGAUGAUAUCUCCAAGAUUUACGAUGGCGUUAAUAGCCCAGCUGUCAACGUACCAUCGAGCAACGCUGCAUAUGUCCUUUUCACCUCAGGCAGUACAGGAACGCCUAAGGGUCUCGUUAUGCAGCACAGCGCUGUCUGCACAAGUCAAAUUGCUAUAGCUACGAGGCUUCGUCUCACGCCGGACGUCAGAAUUCUUCAAUUUGCUGCCUACGUCUUUGAUCUCUCUAUUGGUGAAAUUGUGGCACCCUUGAUCCAUGGAGCCUGCAUUUGCGUGCCAUCAGAAGAUAUCAGAAUGAACGGUCUGGAGAAAUUUAUUCGGGAUAAAAACAUCAAUUGGGCAUAUUUGACGCCUUCUUUCGUUCGAACAUUGAGGCCUGAGGAUGUACCCAGUCUCGAGCUGUUGCUUCUAGCCGGCGAGGCUGUUGGAAGAGACAUACUUACCACAUGGUUCGGUAAGGUACGGUUGAUCAAUGGCUGGGGGCCUGCUGAAACUUGCGUGUUCUCUACUUUACACGAGUGGUCUUCUGUUGAUGAAUCCCCCUUGACAAUCGGAAGACCUGUCGGAGGGUGCUGUUGGAUCGUUGAUGCCGAAGACUCGAAUAAGCUGACGCCAAUUGGCUGUUUGGGUGAAGUCGUUCUACAAGGCCCAACACUGCUCCGCGAAUACCUCGCUGAUCCGCAGAGGAGUAAAGAGGCUAUUAUCACCUCACUGCCGCCAUGGGUGCCGAAAAGAAACUCUAAUGCUCAGGCCUGGGGCCGCUUUUACAAGUCAGGCGACCUGUGCUUCUACAAUUCGGAUGGCACGCUCGAGUUUUAUAGCCGAAAAGAUACUCAAGUCAAGAUUCGUGGUCUUCGCGUGGAAUUAGGCGAAGUUGAACACCAUAUUCGUGAAUCACUCGAAGGUGUCAAGCAGGUUGCUGUUGAUGUUUUAAAAUCAGAAACAGGAACGAAUCUGGUUUCAUAUGUCUGCUUUAACGACGAAUCUCGCCCUGUCUCAUCAGAUCUCAAAGCCAGCGACAUCUAUCUCCCUCUCGAUGUUAAUACCCAGACUCGUAUUACCGCCAUGGUCGGCGAGCUUAGCGUGACUCUUCCGCGCUAUAUGAUCCCUACUAUGUUUAUUCCCUGCAAAUUUAUGCCUACCAUUACUUCUACGAAAUUGGAUAGGAAGACACUGAAGGCAUUGACAGCCUCUCUUGACAGGGAUGACCUGAUGUAUUAUUCGCUAAUCAACAGUAAGAAGCGGGUCCCCGAGACUGAGAUGGAAACUCGUCUCCAGGCCAUCUGGAGCACGAUUCUUAAUCUUCCCAUUGAAUCCAUUGGUCGCGACGAUAGCUUCCUCCAGAUUGGUGGUGAUUCUAUUACUGCGAUCUACUUGGUGUCAAAGGCUCGUGAAGAAGGUAUCUCUCUUAUCAUCAAAGAUAUCUUCGACGAUUCUCGUCUACUUGCUGUUGCAUCUAAGGCGGCUGUUCUAGAAGAAAACCAGGAGCAAGAAGUGCCUGUUGCCCCCUUCAGUCUUUUGGACGAGCAAACUCGCGCCCUGGUGCUUGGCGGCGAAGUUCGCAAAUCUUGCAGUCUUACUGAUGACCAAACCAUUGAAGAUGCUUAUCCUUGUACUUCACUGCAAGAGGGUUUAAUGGCCUUGACCGUGAGGCAGCCGGGCUCGUAUGUCGCCAAGUACGUUUAUAAGCUUGCCAAGUUCGUCGAUAUAGAUCGAUUGAAAUCUUCAUGGAAUCGUACUAUUGAGCUUUGUGGUAAUAUGCGGACGCGAAUUGUCCUGCUGAAUGGGACGCCAAUCCAGCUGCUCCUUGAAGAAGACAAUCAGUGGCAAUCGCUAGAGAAUGAUACACUUACCACAAUCACCAAUAGUGCUCGCGACUUGGAGAUGGGCUAUGGAACUCCUCUCUGCUGGUACGGAAUAAUUGAGGAAAAUAAUACCAAAUAUUUUGUGUGGUCAGCCCAUCACUCGAUAUAUGACGGUUGGGUGUUGCGCAUUUUGGUGACUACCCUAUAUACAGUCUAUUUCGGCGGGGAGGUUGCAGCUUUAAGGCCUUAUUCUGGCUUCAUAAAAUACAACAUGGAGCUAGAUAAUACGGCUGCAGCAGAUUUCUGGAGAGAGCAACUGUCCGGUUCCAAGAGGGCUGCUUUCCCAGCCCGCCAAACUGGUUCAUCACCAUCAACGCAAGUGUCCCAGUUCACUAUGAGCUUGAGACAGUCUAAGCGGAGCACCAUCACAGUGGCUUCUACUUUGAGGGCUGCUUGGGCGAUUGUUUUGGCGCGAUACUGUGACACUGAUGAUGUGAGCUUUGGUACUACUGUGUCCGGUCGCCAUGCCCCGGUUGCUGGUUUAGAGACUAUGCCAGGUCCUAUGAUUGCAACUGUUCCUAUUCGAGUUCACUUGGAUCGCGCGACCACCAAGUCCCAAUUCCUCGCUCAGAUUCAAAACCAAGCACAUGAGAUGGUACCCUAUGAACAGUUUGGCCUUCAGAACAUUUCUAAACUAAGCCGGGAUGCUAGAGAUGUUUGUGACUUCUCGAGUUUGCUUGUUAUUCAGCCACCUGCAACCACCGUCUCGGAACAAGACGCUGAAACCAACAUCUUAGUCUAUGGUGACGAAGAACAGAGCCGCACAGCCGAUGCCAUGCAAAAUUAUUUUAAUUAUCCUCUCGUGAUUAUCAGCAAUACUUUCGAGGACCAUAUUUUGCAGCGCUUCUUCUUUAACCCCAAUGCCUUGACUGAGGCUCAAGUAUCUGCCCUCUCUAAUCAUAUUGACAAUGUUGUACAACAACUUUUAGUCGAGACUGAUGAUACACUUGCGAGUAUUAAUCUUGUUGGAGAUUGGGAUGUUCAACACGCUCUUGCAUCCACUCAACUUAAGCCUCCUACGGAGUCAUGCACCCAUUGGCUUAUACAAGAGCGCAUUAAGACCCAACCCAACGAUCCAGCUAUCGCUUCUUGGGAUGGCAACCUUACCUACGCAGAAUUGGGUAUAUUUGCAUCUCGUCUCGCGUGGAGGCUUCAGUCGCUCGGCGUUGGACCCGAAUCUCUUAUCCCGCUAUGCUUCCCUAAGUCUACGUGGGCAGUUGUUACCAUGGUUGCUAUUGAAAUGGCUGGUGGUGCCUUUGUUCCUCUUGACCCUAAUGCACCUGUUGCUCGCCUUCGCGGUAUCAUUGAAGAUACCAAGUCAUCUUUAGCUGUUGCUAGCCCAUCAUGCCAAGACACUUUGCGUGAUAUAGGUAUCGAGGUACUUGCUGUCGAUGAGGCUCUUUUAAUUGAGCUAUCUGAUCCCGCGGGCGGUAUCAAAUCUGUGGUACAGCCAGAUGAUGCAAGCGUCAUAUUAUUUACAUCAGGAUCAACUGGAAAGCCUAAAGGAAUGGUCAUCCAGCACAACAAUUUGUGCUCUUCUGGAAAUGCCUAUGGUAGCGACCUCAACAUCGGACCCGGCACGCGCGUAUUCCAGUUCUCUGCCUAUACCUUCGAUGUUGGCGUACUAGACUGCCUCGUUUCUCUUAUGCGUGGCGCAACUGUUUGCAUUGCGUCGGACCAUGCUCGUCUCAAUGACCUUGCAGGGGCUAUCAAUGCAACAAAGGCCAACUGGGUGUUCCUUACGCCUACGGUAGCGGAUUUUCUCUCACCAGCUGACGUUCCUGAUCUCAAGGUUCUCUGUUUGGGUGGCGAGGCCAUUAGUAAGAGAUGUGCAGACCGCUGGAUCAGUCACACCGAAGUGCAUGGCUUAUACGGCCCUGCGGAAGCUUCUAUCUGUGCCUGGAAUCCUGCUGUUGGUAAGAUUGGCCGGUCAACUAAUCUUGGAAGGCCAAUUUCUUCAGCUUUCUGGGUAGUUGAACCUACCGAUUAUAAGAGACUUGUUCCUAUAGGAUGCAUCGGUGAACUUCUUAUUGAAGGCCCAAUGCUUGCUCGAGGAUAUCUAAAUGUCACCGCCGAAGUUGCGUCCAACUGGAUGCAGAAUGUCGACUGGCUUCCAGGGGACAGUAAAAAGAGAGUUUACAGGACUGGCGAUUUAGUUCGACGCAACGCUGAUGGUACUUUCGAUUUUAUUGGCCGUAAAGAUACCCAAGUCAAGCUUCAUGGUCAGCGUGUCGAACUUGGCGAAAUCGAGUCACGUAUCCACGAAUUCCUGCCAGAGAAUAUGGACGCUAUCGUGGCUGUUGUCAAGGAUGAACAAGAGCAUGACAAUUUGUUCGCUUUCUUAUGGUACACGGAAGGCGAAGUAGCCGCUCAGUCAACUCUCCAUUUACUGGAAACCGUUACAGACGAUGCUCGUUCUACGAUUUCUGACAUUGACUCAUCGCUCGGAAUGGUAUUGCCCUCCUAUAUGAUUCCAUCAUCUUAUCUGCUGUUUGAGGGUAAACCUGAACAGACGGUUAAUGGUAAAAUCAACCGCAAUGCUCUGCUCGCUCACGCCCACAACUUAUCAACACACGAUCGCUUGCGAUUUGCGCCUGUUGUUGGAAAGAGUGAACCACCAAGCACUCCUCUGGAAUUCAAGCUUAGAGAACUAUGGGCCCAGGUGUUACAGAUUGAUCCUGAGUCUAUUGGCAAGAAUGAUAGCUUUCUCCGCAUUGGAGGAGACUCAAUCAGCGCUAUUAAGCUCGUCUCCUUGGCACAGCAGAACAAUAUUGCACUUACAGUGGCUACCAUCUUCAACGAUCCUCGCUUAUCGCACAUGGCCGAAGCUGCUAACACUGAUGAAAUCCUGCCCGUAUACGAAACUAAGCCUUUCAGCAUCAUCCCUGCCUCUGUCAUGGAUGCCGUCUUUACCGAAGUACGAUCUCAGUGCACCGAUCUUUCCCUCACCGCAAUUAUCGAAGAUGUCUAUCCUUGCACUCGAUUACAGGAAGGUCUGAUGGUUCUAGCAGUCAAACAGCCUGGAUCAUAUAUUGCGAAACAUCUAUACCGCCUUACUUCUGGUGUCGAUAUCGAGCGCUUCAAGUAUGCUUGGGAUCAGACGGUUGAAGCUUGUGCAGCACUCAGGACGCGAUUUGUCCUUGUUGAUGGCUCUGCCUACCAAGCUGUCAUAAAAGACUCUGUUGAGUGGCAUACGUCGUCUGAUCUCCGCUCUUUCAUCAUGUCCGCAGAAAAUUCCCAAGUGGGCUAUGGUUCGCCUCUCUGCCGAUAUGCUAUUAUCAACCAAGAUGGAGAGAAAUAUUUCGCUUGGAAUAUCCACCAUACUAUCUUCGACGGAUGGACUUUGCCUCUGAUAAUGGGUACGCUUCACGCGUUCUACCGUGGCACUGAUGUUCCCUCGCUCCUCCCAUAUGCCGGCUUUGUGAAGUAUGUGAUGGAUAUGGAUUAUAGCGCCGCCAGCAAAUACUGGAGUGAACAGCUUUCUGGCGCUAGGAAAGCCAUAUUUCCUCCUGGAAGUGAAGCAAUCCAGAGCAAAAAGUUGGAGAAUUCGACUCGUGUGAUGAACAAGACAAUCCACUUUCCACGAUCUACCGACACGUCAAUCACAAAAGCAUCCGUCCUCCGAGCCGCCUGGGCUAUUGUGCUCGCACGAUAUAAUGAUUCUGAUGAUAUUUGCUUUGGAACUACUGUUUCCGGUCGUCAUGCCCCUGUUCCUGGAAUAGAGCGGAUGCCUGGUCUUGUCCUUGCGACUGUUCCGGUUCGCGUUAAGCUUGAUCAGGAGCAAUCUUUGGAUAACUUCUUACAAAGUAUCCAGUCACAAGCCUCUGAAAUGGUCGCUUACGAGCAAUUUGGUAUCCAAAACAUAUCCAAACUAAACGCCCAAGCUAAGGAAGCCUGCGACUUUACUAGCUUGUUAGUCGUGCAGCCAGUCCAGCAUAUCACAUCCACUGGCAGCGACGAGGGAGAGGCCAUUCUCACUGCUGCUAUAGCUGAGGACAUUCAAACUGCUGAGAUGCUCGAGAACUAUUUCAAUUAUCCCUUGGUUCUGCAGUGCAAUUUGCUUGAUGACAGCGUCAAUUUUGUCCUUGUCUACGAUUGCGACAUUAUUGCUGAACACCAGCUUAUUGGCCUGUCUCACCAAUUCGAACAUGUGGUUUCUCAACUCCUUAGACAAGGUAAUAGCUCUCUAUCCAGCAUUUCAGUGGCAAGCGAAUGGGACUUGGAGUUCUCACGUGCCGCAAACCAUGAUGAACCCGCUGUUAUCGAUGACUGCAUCCACAAUUUGAUUGAGCAACAAGCCCUCAUCAAUCCCAACCUUGAAGCUAUAAGCGCUUGGGAUGCCAAAUUUACUUACGCCGAAUUGGAUCGUUCUGCUAAUAGAUUAGCAAAUUAUCUCAUUCAGUCCAUGGGCGUAAGACUUGGCGACUUUGUUCAUGUAUGUUUCGAGAAGUCGGCUUGGUAUGUGGUCUCGAUUUUAGCAAUUAACAAAGCUGGAGCUGCUUGGAUUCCUCUUGACCCGUCACAUCCUGCUGAACGCCACCAGCAAAUUGUUGGCCAAACAGGAUCAAAAUUAGCUCUCACUUCCACAGCUAAUUUUGAUAAAUGUGUUGGUCUAGUAGCCCGCGUUUUGGAGGUGACAGAAGAGUUUAUCGAUGCCUUGGCAGAGCAAUAUAACGACAGGAAGUCGUUUACCAACGUUACGCCCCAAGAUGUGGCUUAUAUACUUUUUACUUCUGGAUCAACUGGUGUUCCCAAGGGCGUUGUUAUAGAACAUGGAGCUCUCUGUAGCAGUCAAACAUCCUACAGCAGGAGACUCGGCCAUGCUCCUGGUGUUCGAAUGCUUCAAUUUUCGUCAUUUGUGUUUGACGCAAGCAUUGCCGAAAUAUACGCUCCGCUCAUUUCAGGCGCCUGUGUCUGUAUUCCGUCUUGGAAGACGCAAAUGAAUUCACUAGCAGGCUAUAUAUGCGAGGAAAAUGUCACAUGGGCACUGAUAACCCCUUCUUUGGCGCGCACCAUAGAUCCGCACGAAGCCCCUUGCUUGGAGGUCUUGAUGCUCGGUGGUGAAGCUGUUAGCCAGGAUGUUUUCGAGCUUUGGUUUGGCAAACUUCGUCUGUUUAAUGCCUGGGGUCCUACUGAAUCUUGUGUUUUUGGCUCUUUACAUGAAUGGGAGUCUAUAAACGAAUCGUAUAUGACAAUUGGACGCCCACUUGGUGGCUACUGCUGGAUUGUUGACCCUGAAGAUCCGCAAAAGCUAGCCCCAACAGGUACUUUUGGAGAAGUUGUUAUUCAAGGACCUAAUUUGCUUCGCGAAUAUCUUGCAGACAAAGAUAAGACUGCCUCAGCAAUCGUUACUAGUCUUCCUGAUUGGGCUCCUCAUCGCCACUCUCGCCACUAUAACAGGUUCUAUAAGACCGGUGAUUUAGCAAGGUAUAACCCUGACGGAACUAUCCAAUACUACAGCCGAAAAGACACGCAAGUCAAGAUUCGAGGUUUGCGUGUGGAAUUGGGCGAAGUUGAGCAUCAUAUCCGCCAAAAUCUUGAUGGCGUCCGACAGGUCGCUGUGGCUGUAUUUGAGACUGAUGCUGCUGUCAAUCUUGUAUCAUUUGUCUGCUUCAAUAACGAUACGCUUCCGGCUAGCAUGACUAGCGAUCUGACGAGCGAUGAUAUUGUCUUGCGACUAACGGGCAAACUCAAAGAUAAUAUUACUAGUUUACUAGGUCAUCUCAAUGUUGUCUUGCCCGGAUAUAUGGUUCCCACCUUGUUUAUUCCUUGCAAGGCCAUGCCGCUCGUCACUUCUGCUAAAGAACAGCUUGAAGAAUAUGCUCUCAUCGAUGACGAUAAAAAGCAGCCGGAGACUCAGAUGGAGCACCUCUUGCAAAACCUUUGGGCCAUCGUUCUGAAUAUUCCCACUACCUCAAUCGGUCGUGACGAUAAUUUCUUGAGAAUCGGUGGUGACUCCAUCGCUGCUAUUCGCCUCGUUGCCAAGGCCCGUCAGAGCGGCAUCUCUAUCAGCGUUGACGAUAUAUUCAGUGAUCCUCGACUCCUUGCUAUUGCAGCUAAAGCGACGAGCCUAAGUGAGGAUGUUAAAGAAAUUGUUGUCAUUGAGCCAUUUGCCCUUAUUGAUGAGGCUCACCAGAGCAUGAUUCGUAGCAACUCACUUGGUCUCCAGUUAUCAACUGAUAUGGAAAUCGAAGAUGCGUUCCCUUGCUCUAAGUUGCAGGAGGGUCUGAUGGCUUUAGCUGUGAAGCAACCGGGCUCAUACAUUGCCAAAUUCCACUAUCGCUUGCCUGCUUACAUCGAUGUAGCCCGAUUUAAGAAUGCUUGGGAACAAACUAUUAGACUGUGUGCUAAUAUGCGUACUCGGAUUAUCAAUGUUCACGGCAUGGCAAUUCAAACUGUGAUCAAUAAUGAUAUCGCCUGGGAGGAUACGACUGGCAUGACAUUAAUGUCGUAUCUACACGCUACUAAACAGACAGAAAUGGGCUAUGGCUCUCGCCUUUGCCGUUACGCACUGAUCGAGGAAGAGGGCCAGGAUAUCCAGUUCUUGUGGAGCAUUCAUCACGCCGUCUUCGACGGCUGGACAACGCCCAUCAUUCUCGGCGCUCUACACAGCGCUUAUAGAGGUCUCGAAAUGCCUCAAGUCGAAAACUAUGCUAGAUUCAUCAAAUAUACGAUGGAUAUGAGUUAUCAAGAUGCUAGCGAGUAUUGGAUGAGGGAACUUCACGAUGUUAAGAAGGCUACGUUUCCGUCUACUGUUUCGAUUGAGGCGUCUGAUAAGAGCGACGUGACGCGAUUCAUGGAAACAAGAAUCGAUCUACCUCAGACCACCGUGGGCGUCACCAAAGCCACUAUCCUUCGUGCAGCCUGGGCCAUGGUCCUUGCACGCUACUGCGAUACAGAUGACGUUUGUUUCGGAACGACAAUCUCAGGUAGACAAGCCCCUGUUUCGGGAUUGAUGGAGAUGCCGGGACCAGUUAUCGCAACGGUGCCAAUCCGAGUUCGUCUAGAUCAGCAAAAGUCUGUGGAUGACUUCCUUCAAGACAUUCAAGGCCAAGCUACUAAAAUGCUUCCUUACGAGCAGUUUGGUCUUCAGAAUAUCGGCAAAUUGAGUGUAGAUGCGAAAGAUGCUUGCAACUUUUCAUCACUUCUUGUUAUUCAGCCAACGCAAAAUAUAAUAUAUAAUAACGAGGACGAAGAGACUCUGCUGGCUACUCCUGAAUCUGCGGUCGAAACCAAGGAAGAAGUCAUGCAAAACUACUUCUCAUAUCCAUUGGUUAUCCAAGCUCAUUUACAUGAGGACUUCAUCAAUCUUGUACUAAUCUACGACUCUGUUGCUCUGCCAGAGGAACAACUUUUUGCCCUUUCUCAGCAAUUUAAACAUGUUGUUGAGCAGUUAAUCCUUGAACCUCAAUCGGCCCUCGGAUCAAUCUCUAUCGCUUCUGAAUGGGAUGUCGCACAAUGUCUCAAAUUUAAUUCUGAAAUCCCUGAUAUUGUCGACUCUUGUGUUCAUCAGCUUAUUGAAAACCAAGCCAAAAUUCGUCCUGAUGCAAUGGCAAUUAGGGCUUGGGACAUGGACUUGACCUAUUCUGAAUUCGACCGUGCUGCUAACCGACUCGCCAAUUAUCUUACGGCCAGCUAUAACAUCAAAACAGAUGACUUAAUACACGUCUGCUUUGAGAAGUCAGCUUGGUUCUUUGUAUCUAUCCUGGCUAUAAAUAAAGCAGGCGCUGCUUGGGUGCCCCUCGAUCCUACUCACCCGGAACAGCGACUUCGACAAGUCGUGUCUCAGACGCGUGCUACGAUUGCGCUAACUUCGGUUGCCAACAGAGACUUGAUGUCUGGUUUGGUCGAGUCCGUGGUUACUGUAAGCUCGGAACUUGAUCUACUGCUAUCCGAAAUUGAGGAAAACAGCCAAAGGGGCCCGGCAACAACUGUGGCUUCAGACAAUGCUGCCUAUGUUUUGUUUACCUCUGGAUCAACGGGUAUACCAAAGGGUCUAGUCAUGCAGCACGGCUCCGUGUGCACAUCUCAAACAGCUAUUGUCAAAAGACUAGGUCUGACACCCGAUGUACGCAUGUUACAAUUCGCUGCCUUUGUGUUCGACCUUUCUAUCGGCGAGAUAGUCGCACCUUUAAUAACAGGCGCUUGUCUAUGCAUACCGUCGGAGCAUACCAGGAUGAAUAACCUCACCCAGUUUAUCCGAGAAAUGGACAUCAAUUGGACCUUCCUCACGCCUUCAUUCAUCCGUACAAUUGACCCAGCAGAAGUUCCAGGACUUGAGCUUGUUCUACUAGCCGGCGAGGCUGUGCCGAAGGACGUCUUAGCCACCUGGUUUGGCAAGGUUCGUUUAAUCAACGGGUGGGGGCCUGCUGAGACCUGUGUAUUUUCAACACUCCACGAAUGGAAGUCAGUCAACGAAUCUCCUCUUACAGUUGGUAAGCCAGUCGGUGGUUUCUGCUGGGUUGUUGAUCCAGCAGAUCCUCAUCGCCUAGCUCCAACCGGAACGAUUGGAGAGGUUGUUAUUCAAGGUCCGACCUUAUUACGCGAAUAUCUAUCAAAUCCUGAACGAACUAAGUCUUCCACUGUGUAUAAUCUUCCCAACUGGGCGCCCCGCCCUGAUGCCGAACAUUGGAAUAAAUUCUAUAAGUCUGGCGAUCUUUGCUAUUACAAUCAAGACGGCACCAUUGAAUUCGCAACUCGUAAAGACACCCAAAUAAAGAUCCGUGGUUUACGUGUAGAGCUCGGAGAGGUUCAGUAUCAUAUCCAACAGGCACUUCCUACGGCCAGACAAGUCGCUGUCGACGUAUAUCAGGGCGAAAAUGGUACAAAUCUUAUCGCGUAUUUAUGUUUCAGCGAUGAGACUCGAACUGCAGGCAUUAGCAGUGAUGCUUUUGACGAUUUAUUCUUGCCAAUUGACGAAGAUUUGCAGUCUCAAUUGGCAUCAGUUGCUGGCCAGCUCCGUAUUUCACUGCCUCGAUAUAUGAUUCCCACAAUGUUCAUCCCUUGCAGUUACAUGCCUUUCAUCACCUCAACUAAGCUUGACCGUAAUAAGCUGAAAACGCUCACUGGGGCACUAGAAAGGGCGCAAAUCGCCCAAUAUUCCCUCCUUGGCGAGAAGAAACGAUCCCCAGAAACUCCAAUGGAAGUCUUCUUCCAGAAGCUGUGGUCUGAGCUACUUGGAAUUCCGAUUGAAUCCAUCGGUCGUGACGAUAGCUUCUUGGGCCUUGGUGGCGAUUCCAUAACUGCGAUUCACAUGGUCAGCGCCGCCCAAGAGUCUGGUAUUUCGCUUUCUGUCAAAGAAAUAUUUGACGACCCGCGUCUAUCUGCCGUUGCUGGCAAAUCUCGAGAGGUUGGAGAGGACGAGCAGAUGUCCGUCGUCGAUACCACUCCAUUCUCCAUCGUUGAUACUACUCUAUACAACCUAGCUGUCAGCGAUGAGGUCCGCAACCUUUGCGGCUUGGCAGUCAACGAAGAAGUUGAGGAUGCCUAUCCGACAACUACAUUCCAAGAAGGUCUAAUGGCUCUUUCGGUAAAACAGCCGGGCUCGUACAUUGCAAGAUAUGCCUACAGACUAUCUCAAGACGUUCACAUUGCCCGCUUUAAGGCGGCCUGGGAACGUACUGUAUCGCUCUGUACUACCAUGCGUACUAGAAUAGUUCUCCUUGACGGCAAGUGCAUACAGAUAGUCAUCAAAGAGGAUUCUGUUUGGCAGCCUCAAGAACACAAGAAUGCCCUUAGCAUCAUCAAGGCGGCUCAAAAAACCGAGAUGACCUAUGGUUCUCGCCUUUCUCAAAUUCUCCUGGCUGAUGACGACAAUGGAGACAAAUACUUCUUCUGGACAAUUCAUCACGCAGUUCACGAUGGCUGGACUGUUCGUCUUAUAAUGACUACUUUCCAGAGUAUUUAUCAUAACUUGGAGUUGCCUGUACUUAGACCCUACUCAGGCUUUAUUCGAUAUCUAACGGCCAUCAAUCCCCAAGAUACCGUCAAGUACUGGACUCAACAGCUUCAAGGAGCCAGCAAGGCAUCUUAUCCUCCCGUCACGGCAACUUCCAUGUCAAAUGGAGUCACACGAGUCACCACCAGGACAAUCCAAGUUCCUGCUUCAGCUAAUGCCGCUAUCACUAAAGCUACAAUAAUACGCGCGACUUGGGCUAUUUUACUCGCACGUUAUUGCGAUACUGAUGACAUAACUUUCGGUACAACGAUAUCUGGCAGACAAGCUUCAGUGUCGGGUCUCAUGGAUAUGCCUGGUCCUGUGGUCGCAACUGUUCCCGUGCGUGUACGUCUGGACCAGACACAGACUAUUGGCAAGUACCUCCAGGCUAUCCAGAAUCAAGCUCAUGAGAUGGUUCCAUAUGAGCAAUAUGGUUUGUCAAACAUUGGAAAGAUCAGCCCCGACUUCAGGGAAGCGUGUGACUUUACGAGUUUGCUGGUUGUACAGCCUCGAACUCACUUGGACUCACGCGGCAAAGGAACCCCUGAUGAAGCUGAAGCUACAUCAUCUUCGCUACUGUUGCCUGCUUAUACUGAGGGCAAUUCAGCUGAAGAAGCGAUGCAAGGUUACUUUUCUUAUCCUCUUGUUGUCCAGGGCCACCUCCUCAGUGAUUCAAUUGAGUUAGUUAUGACCUAUGACUCUUCAGAGCUCUCUGAAUUGUCUAUGCAAGCACUAUGCUAUCAAUUCGAGCAUGUGGCCUCGCAGCUAUUCACAGACGAAGGUCACACAUUAGGCGACUUGACAGUUGCAUCCGAUUGGGAUCUUCAUCGUGCCACUGGGUUUAAUUCAGAGUUUCUAGAGAUUAUGGACACUUGUAUCCAUCAUCUUAUCGAACUGCGUGCAAAGGAAGCUCCUGACUCGCCAGCUAUCUGGGCCUGGGAUGGGGAGUUGACUUAUGGUCAGCUUAAUGAAGCAGCCAAUAAGCUAGCCCACUAUCUCAUUAAUGAGUAUGACGUACAAGUUGAGGAUCUCAUCCACGUCUGCUUCGAAAAAUCUAUUUGGUACUGGGUAGCUAUCUUUGCUAUCAACAAGGCUGGUGCUGUAUGGGUACCUCUAGAUCCAUCCCAUCCUGAGCAACGUAUCCGCCAGGUUACUUCGCAAACUCAGUCUAAGUUGGCUCUCGUAUCCAAUAAUACCCGAAGUCUGAUUUCCGGUAUUAUCGACCAAGUAGUUGAAGUUUCUCCUGCCUUGUACGAGAAGAUCAACAGCUCGCUCGGCGCAAAUGAUCCUCAGAUCCCAGUCUCAUCUCACAACGCCGCCUAUGUGUUAUUUACUUCCGGAUCUACGGGCGUGCCUAAGGGUCUAGUAAUGACCCAUGGUGGUUUCGCAACCAGCCAGACUGCUAUCAGGAAGAGAAUGGGUAUCAGCUCAAGUAACCGGACGCUCCAAUUUGCAUCGCACGUGUUUGACCUGUGUCUUGGCGAAAGUAUACUACAACUGAUUUCGGGCGCCUGUAUGUUCAUUCCUUCUGAGCAUACUCGUAUGAAUGGUCUGAAAGAAUUCAUCGCUGAGCAUGAAAUCAACACUCUUUUGCUCACACCAUCUUUUGUGCGGACCUUGAGUCCGGACCAAAUCCCCUCGGUCACCCUUUUGCUAUUAGCUGGUGAAGCCGUCCCUCGCGACAUACUUACCACCUGGUUUGGUAAAGUUCGAUUGUGGAACGGUUGGGGUCCUGCUGAGACUUGUCUAUUCAGCUCUCUGCAUGAGUUCCAAUCCGUGGAUGAGUCGCCAUUAACAAUUGGCCGUCCUGUAGGAGGCUUCUGUUGGGUCGUAGACCCGACAAAUCCCAACAAGCUCGCCCCUAUCGGCACAAUGGGCGAAGUUGUCAUCCAAGGUCCAACAAUCUUACGGGAAUAUCUCGCCGACGUCGAGCGUACUAAAGCCACCACAAUGUAUGAGCUGCCUGCCUGGGCACCAUACCGAGAUCAACCCUCUUGGUCGCGAUUCUUCAAGUCCGGUGAUUUGGCUUCAUACAAUACCGAUGGCACACUUGAAUUCUCCAGCAGGAAGGAUACACAAGUCAAGAUUCGCGGCCUUCGUGUGGAGCUUGGCGAAGUUGAGUAUCACGUCCGGAGUGGCCUUGAAGGCGCUCGUCAAGUUGCCGUUGACGUUUUCACGACUGAUUCUGGAACAAGACUUAUUACAUACAUCUGUUUCUCUGAUGAAACGCGCACUGCCGGUAUUUCUCAAUCAGAUGAAGAUAUUUUCCUACCUAUAACAGAAGAGCUUCAGACACAGCUUGCCAAGAUGAUCAGCCAGCUCAAUGUUACGCUACCUCGGUAUAUGGUACCUUCGCUCUUCGUUCCAUGUCGCUACAUGCCCUUCAUCACGUCCACCAAGCUUGACAGAAAUAAACUAAAGAGGCUCGUUUCUGAAUUGAAUGAAGAUGACUAUGCUGCCUAUUCCCUGCGCAACGGCGUCAAGCGCUUACCCGAGACCGAAAUGGAAACUCGCAUGCAAGAGCUUUGGUCUGCCGUAUUGCACAUGCCCAAAGAAGAAAUUGGCUGUGAUGACAGCUUCUUGCAAAUUGGCGGUGAUUCAAUUACGGCUAUCAAGCUUGUUACAAACGCUCGUGAGGCUGGUAUCUCUAUUGCGGUUAAGGAUAUCUUUGACGAUCCUCGCCUUUCCAAGCUUGCCUUAGUUGCUGCUGACAACUCUGGUCGCAUCAACACUUCUACAAUUAUCGAGCCUUUUAGCUUGCUUGAAGAAUCGCUUACCAAGUCUCUCAUCUCUGAUGCUGCGAAGGAGCAGUGUCAUCUCUCUGGAGAUGAUCUGCUUGAGGAUGCCUAUCCCUGCACAAAGCUACAGGAAGGACUUAUGGCCCUCGCAAUCAAGCAGCCUGGAUCUUACAUUGCCAAGUAUCUCUAUCAACUUCCCGAUUAUGUGGAUAUUAGGAAAUUCCGUGUUGCUUGGGAGCGUACCGUUCUAAGCUGUGCCAAUCUGCGCACGCGCAUGAUUAUUGUACAUGGUAUUACCAUACAAGUCAUACUCAAGGAUGAUGUUGCUUGGGAUGAUACCUCUAAUGUUUCCCUUGGAACUUAUGCUCGUGACACGCUCCAAUUCGAAAUGGGAUACGCUCAGCGCCUGUGUCGUUAUGCGAUUAUUGAGGAAGAGGUUAGUAAUUACUUCGCUUUCAGCAUUCAUCAUACCGUCUUUGAUGGUUGGUCUCUUCCAUUGAUAAUGGGUACGUUGUCUGCAGCGUAUUACGGUCUUGAGCUUCCUUCUCUACAGUCGUAUGCUACUUUCGUCAAGUACACCAUGGAUCUGGACAACAAUAGCGCUUCCGAGUAUUGGAAGAUGCAACUUGACGGUGCCAAACGGGCAAGCUUCCCGCCAUCUAGUGACAAGUCUGGAGCUUCUCAGACUCGUGUCAUGAAUAAGGCUAUCGACUUCCCCAAGUCAAUAAACACGUCUAUCACAAAGGCUUCUAUCUUACGUGCUGCCUGGGCUAUUGUCCUUGCACGCUACUCAGAUAGCGACGAUGUCUGCUUUGGUACCACAGUCUCGGGUCGUCAUGCUGAUGUAACCGGCCUUGAAUCUAUGCCCGGUCUUGUCGUCGCUACCGUUCCUGUUCGUAUUCGCCUUGACAAGCAAAAGCCUCUCACUCAAUUCCUUCAAGAUGUACAAUCACAGGCUUCCGACAUGGUCGAUUAUGAACAGUUUGGCAUCCAAAAUAUCUCUAGACUUGGUUCUGACGAAAAGGAUGCUUGUGAUUUCACAUCUCUCUUGGCUAUCCAACCCGGUCAGCAUACGAGCGCUGAUAGCAAAAUCUCCGGUGAACAGAAUGCCCUUGUAAUUCCCGCUGCUUCACCCGAUGUUAAGGCAGAAGAAAUGUUGCAAAACUAUUUCUCUUAUCCCCUGGUUAUCCAGUGUCACCUCUUGGAGGACCUCGUCAAUUUGGUUUUCAUCUAUGAUUCUGAUGUCCUUGGCGAAGCUCAACUAAGCGCUAUCAUGCAUCAAUUUGACCAUGUUGUCCAGCAACUCCUUGCCCAGGGCGACGAAAUGCUGGGUGAGGUGUGUGUUUCAGGGCCUUGGGAUGCCCAACAGGCUGUGCAACUGAACAGCAAGAAGCCUGAUUUCAUUCACACUUGCCUUCACGACAUGUUCGCUGAGCAUGCUUCUAACAGCCCUCAUCACGAGGCCAUCUAUUCUUCAGAAGGUAGCCUCACUUAUGGUGAACUUGACCAUUUGACCGAUAUCGUUGCUACGCAUCUGAGCUCGUUGAAUGUUGGCCCAGAAACAGUCGUACCGUUCUGCUUCGAGAAAUCAAUGUGGGCUGUAGUUGCAAUUCUGUCUAUUCUCAAGGCAGGCGCCGCUUUUGUACCUCUUGAUCCGUCGCAUCCAAUCGGUCGCCGUGAAACACUAGUCAGGGAAGUUAAUGCUCGCGUGCUCAUCGCGUCUUCUAAUGCUAUCGCCUCGUGCGCUGGUAUGGCUGAGCAUAUCGUCGAGUUGUCACCCAGUGUAAUAAGCAAACUUGCCACUUCUAUAACUCCCAAGGUUCUCCCUAAGGUUGGACCGAGGAACACGGCUUACGUCUUGUUCACUUCUGGAUCGACGGGUAAACCAAAGGGCGUUGUCAUGCAGCAUGGCUCUUUCAGCUCUACAACCAUUGGAUAUGGCAAGGUUUAUAACCUUUCCCCAUCGUCGAGAAUCUUCCAGUUCUCCAAUUAUAUCUUCGACGGUAGUCUUGGUGAGAUUUUUGGGCCAUUAGCCUUUGGUGGAACCAUCUGUAUCCCUAGUGAUGAUGAGCGCCUUCAAUCCGCUCCCGACUUUAUGCACAAAGCCAGGGUCAACACAGCCAUGUUAACGCCGUCCUUUGUAAGAACUUUUACGCCAGAUAGGGUGCCACACCUGAAGACUCUUGUUCUCGGUGGCGAGGCUGCUUCUAAGAGCAUUCUGGAGAUGUGGGUUGACCGCGUUACUCUGUUCAACGGUUACGGACCUGCUGAGGCCUGCAACUACGCCACGACACACAUGUUCAAGUCCAGUGCUGAAUCUCCUCGUAUUAUUGGGUCUGGUUUCAAUGGUGCCUGCUGGGUUGUGGAACCAGACAAUCACAACAAGCUCGUGCCUAUAGGUUGUAUAGGCGAACUUGUCCUUCAGGGUCAUGCUCUGGCUCGCGGCUAUCUCAACGACAAAGUAAGGACGGAAGAGUCAUUCGUCAGCGAAAUUGGUUCCCUUCCAUCUUCUCUCCUGCACGAGCCAAAGCGAUUCUACCUCACCGGAGAUCUUGUCCGCUAUAACGCAGAUGGUGAAUUAGAGUACCUCGGGCGAAAGGACUCUCAAGUCAAGCUACGAGGCCAGCGUCUUGAGCUUGGUGAGAUCGAGUACACCAUCACUCAGUCACUUGAGAGCGUCCGCCACGUCGCUGUUGAUGUUCUUCAUAGACAGGCUGGCGAUGCACUGAUUGCUUUUGUCUCGUUUAUUGGCGAUGCGAGCGCGGAAUGGGUCACUGAUGACCUGCGCCUUAAUCUACUUGUUUCUGAUGAUGCGAUGAGAGCAACGCUCGGUAGUCUAAGAGAGAGUCUGAAGGCCACUCUCCCCGGUUAUAUGGUUCCCAGUAUCAUUCUCCCUCUCCAAUGCAUGCCUUUUAUCACAUCUAUGAAGCUUGAUAGAAAGCAGCUACAAGCCCUUGCAGGUUCUCUAUUAUCUGAGGAGCUCGCCACAUUUGCUCCUAGCAAAGCAGACAAGACUGAGCCGACAACUGAUAUGGAAUUCAAGCUGCGAGAUCUCUGGGCCCAGAUUCUUAAGAUUCCCACAGAAGAGAUUGGCAAGAACGAUAGCUUCCUUCAAGUUGGAGGCGAUUCUAUCUCAGCUAUUCAUUUGGUUACCCUAGCUCAAGAGCAUGGUAUCCAGCUCACUGUGGCAAACAUUUUCGCCGACCCCAGACUAUCUUCACUUGCUGCAUCUGCCGGCCUUGGUCAUGCCACCGACACGUAUGAAGCCGAGCCUUUUAGCUUAAUCUACCCUUCUGAGCGUGAAGCUGUCAUUGGCGAAAUCAAGCAACAAUGCAAUCUCUCUACCUCUCAGUCUAUUGAGGAUGCUUACCCUACUACCAAACUACAGGAAGGUCUUAUGGCUUUAUCUGUCAAACAGCCAGGCUCCUAUACAGCGCAGCACGUGUACCGUAUUCCUGAGCAGGUCGACAUUGAGAAGUUCAAGGCAGCUUGGGACAAGACUGUCGAGGUCUGCCUCAAUCUCCGAACUUCUAUUGUUCUUGUUGGCCUUAAGACUAUCCAAGCUGUGAUUAAAUGCAGUUCAGAGUCCUUGUGGGAACCUACCGAGGAUGUGUCGCUGCAGUCUUAUAUGCAAAAUGCAAUCCAAGCUUUCAACAUGGGCUAUGGCUCUCGUCUCUGCCGCUAUGCUCUUAUCGAGGAUGGCGGUGAUAGCUAUUUUGCCUGGCAUAUUCACCACUCUGUGUAUGAUGGCUGGACACAACCACUUAUCAUGUCCACUUUCUAUGCCGCCUACUUUGGCACGGAAAUGCCUCCUCUGCAGCCUUUCGCCCGCUUCGUCAAAUACGCGACGAACAUCGAUCAAAAUGAUGCUGCAGAGUACUGGAAACAGCAACUUCAUGAUGCCAAGCCGGCUUCAUUCCCAGCAGUUAACCAGCAACUUGCUGCCAAAGAUAGCAAGGUUGAUGUGACCCGGAUAUCGACGAAAUAUGUUGACUUCCCACGAUUGAAAAACACCUCUAUCACCAAGGCUACAAUCAUGCGAGCUGCCUGGUCAAUUAUUCUAGCUCAAUACUCCGGGACUGAUGAUGUAUGCUUCGGUACAAUAGUCUCCGGCCGCCAUGCUUCUGUUCCUGGUUUAGACUCUAUGCCUGGCCCUAUGGUUGCCACUGUUCCUGUCCGCGUCCGUCUUGAUAAGGAUCAGCCAACGUCGCGGUUCUUGCAUAACAUGCAGAAACAAGCGUCAGAAAUGGUUGCGUAUGAGCAGUUUGGUCUCCAAAACAUCGCUGCACUGGGCGCUGAAGCUAAGCAAGCAUGCGACUUUUCUAGUUUGCUUAUCAUCCAGCCUGUUCAACAACAGGCUGCUGACGAGAACGAAGUGGCCAAUACUGAUGCUCUCUUACUACCCGCCAGCUCUGAGCAUUCCACCGAAAGCUCCUUGCAGAACUUUUCUGACUAUCCAUUGGUUCUUCAAGUUAUUAUCAUGGAUGAUCAUUUCCAAUUGCUACUGAUUUACGAUAGCAAUGUUGUGACAGAAUUCCAAGCUACGUCCAUUUCUGAGCAAUUCAGCAAUGUCGCUAAACAGCUUGGUGCUCAAAAUGAUACAAUGAUUGACGAUAUCAAAGUCGCUGGAUCUUGGGAGCUUCAAAAACAACUCGAGUGGAAUAACAAAAUAUAUGGUCCUGCCGAUAUCACUCUACAUGGCCUCUUUUCCAAGCAGGCAGCCCGCAGACCAGAUCAUGAAGCUCUAUACAGCACUGAAGGAAGCAUGACUUAUGGCGAGCUUGACCAUCUGUCAACUCAGCUUGCUGUCUACCUCAGCCGCUUAGGUGUCCGACCUGAGACUAUUGUGCCAUUCUGCUUUGAAAAGUCAACAUGGACUAUUGUAGCAAUGUUGGGAAUUCUUAAAGCCGGCGGUGUUUUCAUCCCACUUGAUCCAUCACAUCCAACAAGCCGUCGCCAGGCUUUGAUUGAUGAAGUUUGCGCCCAGUUCAUGAUUGUAUCACCGAUGACCGCCCCCGACAGUCAGGACAUGGUCAAAAACACAGUCGAGCUUUCUCCAUCUUUGAUUGCGUCCAUUUCUGCUAUAGAUACAAUCAAACAGCAUUUAGUGAUGCCAGGUCCCGACAACGCCGCCUACGUUCUCUUCACUUCCGGUUCAACUGGUAAGCCAAAGGGUGUCAUUAUCGAACAUAAGGCCAUCUCCGCGGCGCUCCUCAGGCAAAGUGAAGCCUUCUCAAUUAACGACGACGUGAGGAUGCUUCAAUUUGCUAACUAUGUCUUCGACGGCUCUAUCUUUGAAAUAUUUAACCCACUAAUCAUGGGUGCUACUGUUUGUGUACCGACUGAGCAUGAACGUUUGCACAACGCUGCAGCCUUUACACGUGGUGCUCGCAUCAAUUAUGCGGUCCUGACUCCUACAUUCAUCAAGACUCUAUCUCCGGAACAAAUUCCUGGAAUGAAGUCUAUCGUCCUCGCAGGCGAGGCUCCUUCUAGAGAGAUCAUCGAGUUUUGGGUCAACGAGGUAGAUCUGCACAACGGUUAUGGUCCAGCAGAAGGUUGCAUUGGUUCGACUAUUUUCACCUACUCAUCAACCUCGACAGCUUCAGCUACCACCCUCGGCCGCAGCUUUGCACAUGGUCUCUGGGUUGUUGACCCUGAUAAUCAUGACCAACUUAUGCCAAUCGGCUGCGUUGGUGAGCUAUUACUACAAGGUUCAUCGCUGGCUCGUGGCUACAUCAACGACGAAAAGAAAACUAGACAAUCAUUUAUUGAAGAAGUCAAAUGGUUGCCAUCUAAUGUUGACGUGGGAGAGCGCCGCUUCUAUAAGACCGGUGACUUGGUCCGCUAUGUUUCAGACGGCUCCAUCGAGUAUCUCGGCCGCAAGGAUACUCAAGUCAAGAUCCGUGGUCAACGUAUCGAACUUGGCGAGAUUGAGUACCACAUCAAGCGUUCCGACACAGCCAUUGAGCACGCCGUAGUCGACAUCACUCGAAAAGAUGGCCGCGAUUCGCUCUUCGCCUUCAUAUGCUUCAACUCACAGCAAGAGACAGAGAGUGCUUCCAAGGAGAUUCACCUCACAGAGCUGACUGAAGAGCUUUACGAAACGUUCUCUGGUAUUGUCACUAGCAUCAGCUCUUCACUGCCUAGCCACAUGAUUCCCAAGUACUUCAUACCUGUUGACCACAUGCCUCAUAAUGCUGCUGGCAAAUUGGAUCGAAAGAUGCUCCUCGAGUCUAUAACCAACCUCACGACUGACGAUCUUUCGAAGUACCUCGCUGUCCAACGUGUACCUUUCCGCGACUGCUCGAACGAUGUUGAAUUCUGGAUUCGACACCAAUGGGCCACUACACUUGACCUUCCCGAUGAUACCAUUGGUGUGGACGACAACUUCUAUAGCCUCGGUGGUGACUCCAUCCGCAUUGUGACCAUUUCUAAGGCUAUCCUCAGCCAGUAUGGUGUUUCCCUUGGUAUGUCCCUCCUCAACUCGAAGCACACCACGAUUACAAAUAUGGCCAAGCACAUCGACAAUGAACUCGCCGGACAAGAAAAGGAGCAAUUAAGCAGUAUCGACUUCAAUGCUGAAAUUUCGUCUCUCUCUCGCUCUUUAUUGGAUACUGGUGCCCUCAAUGUUGCCGCCCAUCCUAAAACCGAUCUGCCUGACCAAGCUGUUGUCUUCCUCACUGGUGCUACAGGUUUCCUCGGUCAAGAGAUCCUCAGACAACUCAUCUCCAACGAUGCCAUUGCUUCAAUCAUAACUCUCGUACGAUCCAAGUCCGUCGACCACGGCCUAGACCGUAUCCGCGAGACUGCCAAGAUUGCUGGCUGGUGGCGUGAAGAUUACACGAGUAAGAUCGAGAUCUGGUGUGGUGACUUGGCCAAGAAGCGAAUAGGUCUUAGCAAUGAGCAAUGGGCACGCCUAGCCGGCCAGUCUAACAACAAUGUCGAUGCCAUCAUCCACAACGGUGCCAUCGUAAACUGGAAUGCCGACUAUGACAAGAUGCGUGCUGCCAAUGUUGACUCCACUAUCGAUCUCCUCAAGGCUGCUGUCAACUCUUCUGCUUCUACCAAGUUUGUCUUCGUCUCCGGUGGUAUCAAGUCGGAUCCUACUCAAGAUCGCGCUCUUCUCGCGCAGUAUCUCGGUCAUACCACUGGUUACAGUCAGACCAAAUUUGUUUCCGAGGGCGUUAUUCAAGAGGUUAUCAAUACUCUCCCCGAUGAUCAGAACCGUGUUUCUACUCUCAAACCCGGCCGCAUCAUUGGAUCGCCUGAGACUGGUGUAGCCAACGUGGAUGAUAUGCUGUGGCGUGUUGUUUCUACCGCUGCAUCCCUUCGCGCCUAUCCUUCAGAGCCGGAAGAGCAUUGGCUCUCUGUUGUUGACGUUACUACUGUUGCAUCAUCUGUGCUCAGCCAAUUAUACACAAAGGAAAGCAUCGCACCCUUCGUCGGUGUCAAUGGUGGUAUGCCGGCCACAGUCUUCUGGGACCUCAUUAACAAGGAGCUUGAAGUUCCUUGCGAGCCUCUUCCUUCGGAGGAAUGGACUCACCGAGCCUUGGAAUCAAUGAACCAAAUUGGCGACAAGCAUCCCCUAUGGCCUGUGCAGCACUUCCUUGGUAAUCUUGGCCUUGUUCGGUCUGCCGAAGAAAUUGAAGUCGAGGGGGUUGAACAUGAGCAGUGGCACAUGGCUGUUAAAAUGAGCAUGCGCUAUCUGAUGGAAAUUGGCUUCAUUCAGUCGUCUACUGACGGUUUUGCUAAGCCUCGUCGCGCUGGUACCUUCCAGCGUAUACAUGGUUAA